AUGGAGAAAACAAAAUGGACGGAAAUGAAGUCAAACAAAGGAAAUGAUAGAAUUAGUAAAAGAGAAAAUAAACUUGUUAAGCAAUUUAAGGUCAAAACAAUGGUAUAUGAUAGGUCAUACUUUAAGGUAAAAUGAGGAAUUCCAGAGCAUUAUCCAGAAAGGUAUGAUAGAAAAGAAUUGAUGGAGAGGAAGGCCAAGAACGAAUAAUACAAGUUAAAUAAUUAAAGAUGGAAGUGUUGGUUCAUACAAACAACUCAAGGACAAGGCAUACGCAAAAUACUCUUGUAGAGAUAAUUUAUUGUGCACCAAUCUACAGAUUAAAUGCUCAAAAAAAAAAAAAAAAUUUAAAUAAAAAAGAUAUUUUAAAUCCAUAAUCAACAAACUUGGUAAAUAACGUAAUUUACUAAUGAAAUAUGUACAUUUGAGUUAAAAACACAUUUUUUCACAACGUUAACCUAUUUUAAUAUUUUUAAUUUUAAUAAUUUUGUAAAUUACAUUAUUGGCCGGGAAAUGAUAUCGUUUACCAAUUUACGUCUUUUACCGUAACAUAUAUAUUAUCUAAGGAUUUGACUUAAAUAUUUUUAAGUCAUAGAUGCAAAUAGUAUGAAGGUCUAUGGAUGAUAGUGCAUAGAUUUCUAUUUUAUUGAUAAUAUUAUUAAUUUUGUACUUAGCAAUUGAUGGUAACAUAUUUUAUGUUAUAAAGUAAAAAUAUUUUAUUUAUCUAUAAACCGAGGUUUCAAAUUGAAAAUAGGCACUGCGUUUAAAUUAAUUGUAUAAUUUAUAAUAUUGCAUAAAUAAAAAACAAAUUUAAAUAAAUAUUACAUAACAUUAUUUUGUAAACAAAAUUGUUGGUAUAACCCCAAUUAUAAAAACGACUGACACCACUGUUUAUUGGCGUCGUCCCCAUUCUAUCGAUUAUUAUUAUUUUCAUUUAUAUUUGUUAUCACGUUCGAUUUGUCUUGAUGAUUUUUCAGGCGUUAAUCAAUAUUUUAGAUUCUGAGUGGAGCGAAGAAGCUUAUAAUUUUACAGAGAUGUUUUUUUUUUUAUUUAUGCGCUACUUUUCUACCAGAAGACUUCCUCGGAUUUCUAUGUGUAGCACCUUUUCUGGCCAUUUUUUGAUUUUUCCAAGAGUUUUCCCAAAAAAUGUGAAAAACAGCGAAAAAACAUGGGAAAAUCGGGAAAAAUGUAGUAAAAUUGGAAAAAUCAGUACAACAUUAAACAAAUUUUAUCAAAGAAAAUACAUAAAAUUUAUUUAAUUAUUUUACUAUAAAAUGAUAUAUAUAUAUAUAUAUAAUGUUGACAAAGCAUCACUAUCAACUGAACUCCGCUUAGAAUCAUUUUUUUAUAAGUAAUGGUUUAUCGUUGGUUUCAGAUAUACAUUAAAUUUCCGUCUGUAUCCUACCUUUCUAACAUCUCACCUACAUCAGUGGCUGUACCCGUCCCCGUUAUCUUACCAUUCUUUUUUCUAACUGUAUUUAUUGAAAUUUUAAUUGUCAUUACUUAUUAACAUAUAGCAUCAGAAAAUCGACCGUUUAGAAUUAUAACUUACUAUAAUAUUACCAUUUAACUGUACUUGAAUCAUUAAAAUAGUUGUAAACUAUUAUAGUUCAAAUGUGUUCAUUGCCAUUUGUAAAAUGGCUUUUACCUAUGAUACCUUAUCCACUCUUUUCAGUAACUCUUGUCAAAGAACUAAUAUUGAUAUUCAUUUUUAAGCUUCAAUUUGAACACGGUAAAUGUAUUUAUGUACUAUUUUGUCGUUUACAUUACUAUUUAUUGGGGGUUUCGUUACUAAAACAAUCUCGUCAUACCAUCAUCCAAAUUUUCCAGUCCACUUUUGUUAUUUUUCAUAUUAUCUUUCAUCAAGCCUGGUUCUUACGAUAAUUACGUUAGUAAAAACUAUAAACUCACGGUUAGUGACAAAUUUAACUGCUGGUUAGAGCUGAACCGACAUUUUAAGAAGCUUACCUUUCUUCAGUCAUAUAUUCUGAUGUAGAUGCAGUUGUAUUUAAAGACGCCAAGUUAUCUAAAACAAAAUAAAAUAAAUUUCAUUUAAUUUUUCAAUUUUUAACAAAUAUUUGUGCUUUUCUGUAGUUGUAAAAUUAAUACAAUACAAUACAAUUAAUAUAAUGCAAAGGUAUUUUAUUAUUCAUAAGAUUAUUUUAUACAAAUAAAAUUCUACAGAGCAGUUCAAGAGAUCCAAAGUAAAACUGAUUUUAUACUGUUAGUUUUAAUAUUAGAGUGAAUUUAUCGAUUAUCAAACUUAAAGUUUAUAAUAAUCUCUGUGAUUGAGUAUUGGUGUUUUCUCGAUAUUUCAAUUUUUAAGUGAGAUAAAAUCGUUUUUAAAUUUUUAUACUUCACAUGCUUGUAUCUUACCGAAAAAUUAAAAUAUCCAGAUGAAACCCACAUACAAACAGAAAUUAGAGAAAAUUGUCUUUCAGGAAAGAUGCUCUAGUCUAUACUUUGGAGCAAGUUUUCCGGUAGUAAAGUUGUCGCGCUCAGCACUCCACCAAGUUGAUCACAGGACGCCUUCUCGACUGACGGUAGGCCACUAAAUAGACUGCACAGUCUUUAAAUAAUAUAAGGAUCAUAAGUUACAAUAAAAAAAAAGUCUUUUAUUUACUGAGUUGCCAGACAUCUGAUAUCAACAUUAUUACAAUAGUUAGUAGAUUAUGUAAUAAACAAAAAUAAAAAUAGCAUAUAAGUGAAUUUUCAGCAAACAGACGGACAUUUUUUCGUUAAUUACCGCGGCAAGAGGAAAAAGAAACAACAACGACACCAUAACAGGAACGCCCGAUAUGGAACGAAAAAGCUUCUAGGAAAAAAAUGGAAUGAAUAGUGUAGCAGUGGCAGCAGUCAACAGCUGACCGUAUUGAUACUAACUCGGAAAAAACAAAUCACUUUUCGCUGGUGAAACAAAAAUUUUUCACAGAUACAACAACAUAAAAUAAUAAUACAUAGUAAAAUAAAAAAUUGUAUUUUGACAUUAACCGCGGGAGGAAUCUAACCAAAUGUUACAUAAAAGUGCUGAAAUCGACCAUGCCAAAAAUGACGAUGAUCGUAUUUUGUGGUAUUAUGUAUAUAUAUGUUGCAUCGGCUUAGUGUAAUCAUAUUUUUCUUGAAAUGGAUAUCCAUUUCUUGAAAUAGAAACUCUUAUUUUACACUCUGUGUAAUAUUUCAAAUUAAUUACAUCAAUUAUUGGUAACUUUUCGUGAAAUCGAAAUAAUAACAUUGACAUGGUUACACAAAUCGUAUAUUUAAAUUAUAGAAAUUAAGAUAUUAAGUAGGUACUGUAGAACUGUAGUAACUGCACUACUAUGAUAAUAUUAUUAUUGUGUUAUCGAUGAUAAUUAACCGCAUCAAUUGUAUGAGUGCAAUUCGGCAUUUUGGAAAAGUUCUAUAUCACAUUGUUUUAAUUUUUAUAUGAUGGCAGUAUGUCUUCUGACUUAAUGCGAAUGAUCGCCGUUUAUCACGAAAUAAUUAUUUUAGACAAAAUGGAAUUUAAUUCAUUUUCUGAAUAUUAUGAAAAAUUAAAUACUUACUACGUAGACAAACCUGGGAAAAAAAUCACCUAUCAAAAAUGAAGUUCAAUUGAUGGUUGAAGAUAUUUCAAUAGCCAAAUUAAAAAGACGUCCUAGGAUAAUGGUUAAUUACAAAAAAUCAAAAUUAAAAAGAACAAAACAAUUAAUGCCGUAUUUACGUAUUUUUGUUUAGAGCAAGAUAUAUAGAAGAAAAGUUGUUUACAGAGGAAAACAAAUACAUCAUAGUAAAACUAAUAGUUACAUUUUUGCUACACUCAGAAUCUAAAAACGUCUUGAUCUAAAAUCUAAACUAUACAAGUAUAAAAUAUGAUGAACUGUAGGCCAUCAAAAAAAGAACAAUUUGAACGUCAUUUAAAGAUGUAAUAAUAUGUUAAAUUGUAAUUAUUGAUUUAUAUAGAUGAUAGAUGUGACAAAGUACCAACCUAUAAAUAUUGUCUUUAAUUGAACUAUGACUUAUUAUGUGUUCAAUUUCUUUAAAACAAUUUUUCACUUAAAUCACAUAUAUGCGGGUUCGUCCAUUUCGUCCUUCUCAAUUUAAAAUGUCCUUAAACUACAAUGACAUAUUUAUUUAUUAUUUGAUGUGCAGUUCAGUUGUUUGACAGUUGAUUAACCUAACCUAAUCAAAAAAAAAAAAAACAAAUAUUUAUUCGUUAUACAAUUUACUAUUUUCUUUUAAACCUAUGUAGAUAAGUUUAUUUUUAUUUUAGAUUUGAAGCGUAGUGAGUAAUUGUAAUCGUAAUUGGUUUUAUUGUGUUUUUUUUCGUGAGGUUAUUUUUUGAUUUUCUGAGAGGUUUUCAACAUUAUUGGAAACAAUUCGAAAAAAAUUAUGCGUAAAACAGAAAAUAUUUAUAGCACACCACGGCCGUUUCCGUUUCAGUGUUUUUAAAUUUUGCAAUUUAUGUUUUCUACCAGAAAUAUUGCUCCAAUUGAAAAAUGACAAGCGAUUGAUUUUAUUCUUUAUAAUAUAUAGCCACUGACAUAGAAAGUCGUUUUUUGAUACCUUGAUAUCCAAAGUCUUUUUAUAAUAAUUGGAGAAAACCAAAAAAGACGAAAAUACGAUUGCCUUCAAAUUACGGUACAGCAAUUUCAUUAUUUUAAAUGUUUACGGCUUAUGUUUUAUACUAUAAAUAUUGCUUCAAUAUAAAAACGACAACAGCUCUUUUUUUAUUGUAUUUUCAAUAGAGUUCGUGAGUAGGUUAUUCGUUUUUUGAUUUUCUCUGUAUUUUUAUUAAUGAUUUCGAAAAGUCAGAAAAAAAACUAAAAUGUAAAUUGACAACGAGUAACGACGUUACGAUUUCAUUAUUUUAAAUUUGUAAGGCUUCUGUUUUAUUCCAUAAAUAUUGCUCAAAUUAAAAAAAAAAUCAAGGGAUCUUUUUUAUUUAAUUUUAAAUCUAAUUGGUGAACAACAUGUAUGUUUUUUGAUUUUCUUUGUAGUUUUUUUAAUAAUUGAUCAAAACCGAAAAAAAAUACAGAAAGUACGGGAAAAUGUAUACAAAUAAUUAUUUAUUUUAUUUUAAAUUUUGUAUUUGUAAUGCAAUUCAGUUAAAAAUAUUUAUAGAGACUUUAAAUUUGGACAGUAUAUCAUAUUUACUUUUUCUAAAAAUGGUCAAAUUUGCAAAAUGUUUGAGCUAUUUUUCAGCUAUUUUUAGACAUUUUAAUUUUGCUAGUUUUUUUGCGUAAUUCUUAUUCGGUAGACACUUUGUGGAUAUUUAGAAUAUCCAUUGAUUUUCAGGGUAGUCGUUGGGGAUGGGUAGUAUUUUUUAAAUUUGUAAUAAAAUAAAUAACAUUGUUCAAUAAAUUUUUAAGAAAAUGUACUGUUGUCAUGCACAGUUGUAGUUGUUGUUAUCUUAUAAUAAUGUAAUACAAAUUUUAUGGCGAAUUUUACACACAUUACAAUUUUACAAUACAUUGUGAAUCUAUUAUUAAAAUGUAAUUUACCAUUUAGGCAAUUCUCAAAAUUUUAAAUUAAGAUUGUAUUUAAUUACUACACACGAUAAAUGACGUGGUUUUUUUUUUUUUUUGUUUACAAAUUAAUAAUUUAAUAAUAUUGAUGUACACUGUGUAACAAGUAGUCGUGUUCAAUGUUCUAAAUGCAUUAAGUUUUUGGUUUUAUUAUUGACAGUGUGUCAGAAAAUUGUAUAAAACGAAAUAAAUAUUACACGAGUACACACUAACUAUAAAAUAGACAGAUAAAUGGAUACACAAAUAGACAUAUUUUAAAUAAGAUUUAUUGUUAUUAGCUAUAUAUACCUAUAUAGAUUUAUGAUUCAACUACCCACGGAAGCGUUCAAAAUUAUUUAUGGAAAUAAAAUUUUAAUUUCGUACGCGCCCUGCAUCCAUCUGUAUCAUUUAUCAUUUAGCUAUAUAUUAUUGUAUUUAAAAACGUACACGCUUGAAAACGCAAAACAAAAAUGUCUAUUUGAAUUAAAGUGGUAAUAUCAUUAUAUCGACACACAUUGCGUCAUUCCCAAAUGUUAAAUUUUUUAUAUAGAAAAACAGAUUUUUAACUUAAUGAUUGAUAUUAUAAUAUUAUAGUGAUUUAUAAUUUUAUCAACUAGACAUAGAUUAUGUUUAGUGGGAUGGAAGAAUUUAGAACACAUUCGGUCAGCUGAGCAGACACAUAAAUAAAUUGAAGUAAAUUAUGAUUUUAGAUUCUGAGCAUAGCAAGGAAUGUAUUAGUUUUGAACUACGAUUUGAGUUUUUUAAACAAUUGUUUUUUCGGUUUGUAAACAAUUGUAUACAAUUUAUAAUUUUGAACUGGGACAUUAAAUAUAUACUUUAUAACAUAAUAUUACGAUGUUCAUUUCAAUGUAGUUAGGUACUUACUAUAUACUUACUAUACCGGGUGAUCCAUUUAAGUGGGUACACUCAGUAUCUUGGAAAGUAUUAACAUUUUCCGGAAUUUGUUUUCUAGAACAUUUAAGAAACAACCCUUACUUUUAGGGGUAAAACCUUUAACUACUUUUGAUUUUCAAAUGGCAACCUAUAUUAAAAAGUCCUUAAAUUAGUUAAAAUAAAUUUCAGCGUUGAAAUUUUUGAUUUCUGUCAAGUUGUUGACGAAAUAUUCCACUUUUAAUUUUAGAUUAGAAGGUUACAAAAAAUAACAUAAAUGUAAAAUUUUAGAGUAGCUUGUUUCUUAAAUGUUCUAAAAAACAAAUUCCGGAAAAAGUUAAUACUUUUUGAGAUAUUGAGUGUACCCAUUUAAAUGAAUCACCUGGUAAUAUAGUACGUACAAGCACGUAACUAGGAUUUUUUUUUUGGGAGGGGUUCCAAACACAAUGUUAUCACAAAUUAUCAAUAAUUAUACCAACAAAUUGAUAUUUUGGGGAGAAAUUAGACAUUUUUUGAGAGGGGGGGGUGCAGACCCCAUGGACCCUCUCCCUUUGGCUACGUGCCUGAUUACGCAGAUUGUAUAACAUUAAACGCAUAAAACUGCGGUGUAUUUUUACAUUUCACGAUAGACUGAUAUUGUAGUAUACUAUUGCUGUGCAAUGUCUGGCAGCGUGUUGACAAUAUUCGAGGCGGUGUCCAAACAAAACAAAACGAAUUGUCCUUAAGAGGACGCCACACCCGCAUUUAGUCUCAGUCCAACUACCGGGCAACAUGCAAAAUAUAAUGAUCACGCAGAUUAUGUAAAACUAGUUUAAUUUUGAUUUUAAAGUAAAAGUACCUAUUAUGAAAUUUAUAGUGAACAAUAUUAUGGAUGGAAUAUCAUAGGUUUUUUUUAAAUUAUGAACUAUUCAAAAAGUUACAGUUAUUUAAAAACCUGAAAAUUAAAAGGGUUUGUUGUUUAUUGUUAUAUCGAACUAUAUAUUUAGAAUAAUAAAAAAACCCAAUGAGAUUCCUUCUAAAAUAUUUUUCUCUAUAAAUCUCAUAAUAGGUACGGUUACUCUAAAAUUAACAUUUUAAACAAAGUCUACGUAAACAUUGUUUUUGCAUGCUGCUUGGUAGUUGAGAUAGUAGAUGCAGGUGUGGCGUCUUCUUAAUAUAAUAAAAUUAGUUAUUCAGACGGGCUGGUUUUUGUUUUCGUUCAUUUGUUCGGAUUAAUCGAAUAUUAGGUAUAUCUAUCAUAUUUUAAUCACUAUAUCGAGACUUCAAUAUGUAUAAAGAAAAGCAUUUAGUAAAAAAAAGCUAUUUUAUUAUUUAAAAAAUUAAAUUUGCAUUGAAUUAAAAUAAUCUGUUAUCUUAGUUUUUGUAUAAAAAUCAUACAGAUUUUUCUAAUAUAGCCAAAAAUAACCGUUAUAACAUCUAUAUAGUCAUUAUAAAGAUGUCCUAAUAAUUGAUACAAUAUAGGGGGUUUUGCUGGGACCCUCAAUCUAAGAUUAUUACACCCGAUAUGUCACUACAACCAGUGUUAUUAAAAAAGUAUCUACUGUAUUUUUAGAUUUUCAAUGAAGCAAAGAAUGUUUUACUAUGAUAUUUUAGAUUUUGAGAGAAGCGAGAAACAUAUUGGUUUUACAAUAUUGUUUAUUUAUUUUGUUUUUCUGUUAAAAAAAUGUAUAUCAUAAAUUUCUGAAGAGAAAUUUUACUAUGAUGGUACUUUAGGGAGGUCAUUUUUUACUUUUCUCGGGGAUUUUCAUAAUAAAUGGAAAAAGCCGAGGAAAACAUAGGAAAAACGGGAAAAUGUACGAAAUGCAUUACUUUCAAAUUUAUUUUUUAUUGUGAUUCAGUUAAAAUAUUGGCAGAGACUUGAAAUUUAAACCGAAAACUGACAUGGUUAAAUUUUCAAAAUAUUUAAGCCAUUUUUGAGCUAUUUAUAACAAUUUUAAUCUUUCUAGUUUUUCACGCAAUUUGUAUUCGGUAGGUACCUACUCUGGAUAUCAAUAUAUAUUAUGCAUAUUUGCAAAAAAUAGCAUCAAAAAUCUAAAAUAAUUGUAUUAAUACUGUAAUGUAUAAUGUAAUAUAGUAGUACAAUUUCACAUUUAAAGUCCCUAUUGCAUAAAACAAAUUUAAAGUUCACUCUGCUAUUUUUUUAUUUUUAUCCUGUAAUAGUUAGCAAAUGCUAUAAAACCUGAGCUCUAAAUAAUUAGAGCUCAGGUAUAAUUAUUAAUUAGUAUAAUUUAAUAGAAAUAACAAUAAUUAUUUAAACAUAUUUUAUUAUACACCUCUCAAAUAACCUUUAUCCGAUUCAAUAUUUAUACCCGGUAAGAAUAUUCACUAUAAUGAGGUAAGUAUAGUUAUUAUUAUUCAAGGCUAUGUACCGAUUUGUACAAUUAAUUUUUGAUUAAAUAAUAAGUAAAAAAAAUUGCUUUUUUGGCUUAGAUUGUUUAAAAAUAUAAUAAUAGUUGCGAUACAAAUAUAUUUACUAAUCGUAUAAUGAUUUACAGUUAUAAAAACAUGGAGCGACUUUUGUAAAUAAAAAUAAAUAAACAUUAUAGUAAAACCAAUACAUUCCUUACGCAACUUAGAAUCUAAAAUUAGCUGGGACGUACAAUUUAUUUGUGACCCUCAUUAAUACAUUUUUUUGUAUUACUAGGUAUAGUGAAAGUGUAUAUGAUCCUAUUGUGAUUGUCGAAUUUCUGUCGAUUUGUAUAGUUGUAGCAUGUGUACAAUUAAAAAUGAAUAUUAUUAAUUCUUGAUAAAAACAUGUGGUUACAUUAUAAUUAUAAAUGUCUAAAAAGAUAUAAAAGAGUAUCUUUAUGUAUUAUAACAAUUGGUUGUGUAAAAUAAUAAUUAUUGUUACGAUCUUUUCCAUUAAAAUUGGUUUUCUCUCCGUGUAAAAAUGUUUUAAAUAUUUUCUAGAGUUGGGCGCGUGUUUUGGUUUUUUGAAAUCGCAACCGUGUUCAAAAGUUGAUUACUCGAUUAACUCAACAGUUUUCCAUUAUACCAGCCUUACGUUCCUAUAUAUUAUUCAAUCGCGAUUUAUUGUCCGUUUUUGUUGUUCCUGAUGAUUAUUAAAAUCUAAACCGGUCGUAUAAGUGAACACGGAUCAAUUAUUUUAAAUUCGAAUACUACGGCCACCUCGGGCAGUCCUGAUUCAGUUUUUUUCGUGUUUGUUUAUUUUAGAUUCUGAACAUAACGGUGGAAAGCUGUUAUUUUUACUAAAAUGUGUGUUAUUUUUUUUUGGUUAGUAAAAAAGUUCUGGUUUUUCAAGCCGUAUCUCAAAAAAUGCUGAUUCUUCGGCUAGAAUGGUACUUUAUUUUAGUAUAAAAUUACCGAUAAUUUCAAUAAUUCAUCUAAUUAGUCGCCUUUUUUGUUGCUUUCUGGGUUGCCUGAACAAAAGAAAAAUAAUACCUGGCUUUUUGUUUAUAUUUAUUUUAUUCGAGUAGUAUAACCACUUAAAUAAUCAUUUUUUUUGUUUUGUUUAUUUUCUCAACGACAUAAUAUUAUUGUACGAGUUCAUCGAUGGUCGUGUUUUUGAUAUUUCGUACAUGCACAGCGGUAUCACGCCGCCGAUUCAUUCAAUAAAGUUCGUCGCGAAUUAAAAAAAAAAAAAAUAAUAAUAAUAAUAGUUUUUAUUUCAUUUCUAUGCAUAAAAGACGGUAAAAUAACAAGUUAUGAUUGCGUCGAAACUAAACGUUAUAAUAUGCGUCACGGACCACGGUACGGUCCUUCACAGUUUUCGUUGAUGUUUUUUUUUUUUUUAAGUUCUCUUAUUUUUUUGCGAUGGGCGUGGCUAGGGUAAGUUUAACUGUCCAUGCCCGGCAAUUCGCCGACUCCUUCGCAGUAAACUAACAACUAUUACCGGCGGUGCGUUUACGGCUCUCAGAGUACGGCGCGAGCAAACGAGAUAUUAUUUGAAUCAAUUUUUUUUCUUUAACUCUUAGUGUAUUUUUCCUUUUUUUUUUUGUCAUAGAACGCCACAUUACGCACGUUAUAUUUUUCUCGUCUUCGCCGUCGUUGUUCGAUUAAUAACAGUGACAUAAUUUGAAUAAAUUAUUUCCCCCCCCCCUCCGUAUACAUGCCUCCGAUUUACACGUUUUUCUACGAAAUUAUUAUAUAACUCGAUACAACGAUAAUCGCCCGCGAAUAGAAAUCGUCAGUAACGACCACAAGGUAGUGUAUACCUAAAUUAUAUUUAUUAAUGUCGGAAUACAAAAUAAAUUAUAUUAUCAGAGUAUAAUGUACAUUUUUCUUAUUAGUGUACGGUGUUGUUAAUGCAAUUGAUUAAUGGUUUUGUUUUUCGAAAUUAUAUAUUUUACACAAUAUUAGAUUCAGAGUGUAGCGAAGAAUGUAUUGGUUUUACAAUGAUGUGUGUUUUAAAUUCUGAGCGGAGAGAGGAAUGUAUUGGUUUUUCAACGAUGGUUAAUAUAAUUAUUAUUUUUUUAUUUUAACACUUUUUCUACCAGAAAGCUUUCUCCGAUUAUAAUGAGGAGAAUCUGAUUAUUUAGGUUAAAAAAGAUUGAAUGAUUGAAAAGAAGGUUGUCGUUGGCAAUCGUUUUUAUUUAUUUUUUGUUAUUAUUAAGUUUUUAUUAUGUUAAUGUUUUUAAAUAAUCAUGUCAUUGUCAUGAAAACGCACAUUGUUGAAAAAGCAAGACUAUAGAUCGAGCUAUAUUAAAAUAAAAUACAUUUCGAUUUCAUUACUUUCUUUUAACUAUUAAUCUUUAUAUUAUAUUUCUUUAUUUAUUCUAUACUCAAACAUCAUUAUCAACUGAACUUCACUCAAGUUUGAUUUUUCGUAAGCAAUGGUUUAUCGUUGCUUUCAGAUAAUAUGCUGUAUCCUACUCUCCUAAUUUCACACCUAUAACAGUGGCUGUAUCCACGUGCAAAGUAUGACCGUCUUUUUUUUCACGAUCUGUGAAACACUUCCUCCAUGAAAUCUUGCUCUGAUUUUCAAGUGUAGUACUUUUUUCUAAAAGGAAAUUGUAUCUGAGUGAUGGUAAUUUAAGAAGGUUAUUUUUUGAUUUUCCAAGUAGUUUUUGUAAUAAUUGGGAAAAACGUAUCUAGGAAAAAAAGGGGAAAAUUUACGUACAUAUUAUUUAAAAGAAAUUUCCCUCCGAAUCGUUUUUCAUUAGCAUUAGUUUUUCGUUGCGUACAGAUAUAAAUUAAAUUCCCCUCUAUAUCUUACCUUCCUAACUUCUCACCUACAACAGUGGUCCACCCAUUGUGCGAAGAUGACCGUCUCUUUUCAUUCUAAUUCCUACGUAUGUAUAGAUAAUAAAAUCUGUUAUAAGAUAUCGUGAAAAAAGAACAACAGAAGUUUGAGAUUUAAAUAAUAUAUAUAUAUAUAUACACAUUUUAAUUUAUAGUAAUAAUGCAAUAUAAUUGGUUAGACAUUUUUAUCGAUCGGACUACGGCAUAGUACACCUAUAUACUAAGAUUUAUCGUUAGAUAACCACUCCCCCCUCAUCCUACACCCUGAUCCAUUGUUCGGUUAUAAAAUUGUAAAUAAUAUUAUAUACGGAUUUACUAGAGUGAUAUUCCAGCAGGACAAUAUUAUAAUAAAUUAUAUAUUAUAUUGUAAAUAUUCUUUAAAUGGAUACAAAUAUAUAAAAAAUGAAAAUAUUGGCGUAAAAUUAUAGAUAUUAAUAUACUAGUGUAAGAUAUUGUAAUACCAUCGUUCUAUUUGAUAUGAUCUUCUUUGGACUAAACAUAUUUCAUCGGAAUUUCAGAAAUUGCUGCGACAAUGUUUUCGUCAGUUUCCACGUGAUUUUUUUUUUUCUGGGCGAUUUCUUUCGUCAUUAAUUUUCUCCACGUUAUUUUGUUUACCCGUUCGUUUUAUCAAUUGUAACACACGACCUUGAAUGAUUCGUGUAACCCAUGACCUCUCUAACGCGGGAUAUUUUCGUAGGCAGUUAUUUUCAAGUCCUUCCCUUGACCGCGCUGCUAAAUACAACAGUUUAUAUAUUAUAGGCAUUAACACGCAGGCAGUAUUAUUUCUUUACCGAUAUAAACAUACUAAUCAUAUUAUAAUGUAUGCAACUAUCCAAUCGUAAUAAUAAUCGUCGAUUUCAUAUGUAUAUGUACCUAUGUAUUACGAUAUAAUAUAUCGUGCACGCCAUUUUGAAUUUAAAAAUAAGGUAAUUAUUUUUCGACUCGUUUUUUCAUCUUAUUUAUUAACAUUGUACGGCGGAUCGAGUUACGCGCGAUCUUACAUAUUAUUAUAAUGUAUAUAACAUUAUGACGCGCACCAGUACACGCAAAUACCUAGUUACAAAAAAGAAAAAAUCGUUCGGUCGACAAGUAAUAUUUUUUUUUUUUUUUUAUAGAAAUACGUCGUAUACAUUACUGUAGCCGCAAAUGUAUAAAAUACUUCAGUACCUAUACAUAUGCACGUAUAAAUAUGUAUAUUGUGGCGGUUAAAUUGUAAUGAUUGAGUAUACGUAUAGGUAUUAUUGUAGUAGAGUCUAAAUAACGCGUUGAUGGAUGAUAUCAUUUAAAAUCCACUCGGCCUUCGUUGUUAUAUCAUAAUCGUUUUUAUGUUAUUAAAAUACACAUUUUUCAAUCCGAAUGAUUUUCAAAAUAUCGCGUAGUAUUCCCGUGGUUUUCGUAGUUUUUUCAAUAGACGUCCGAUAAACCGACCGGUUUGGUAACUAUAAUACCUGCUCGUCUAUUACACAGACGAACUUUUACUCGGACCAUAACGCGUCCGCGUUCGGAUACGACGACGACAACGUAGGUAAAUAUUAUAAAAGCAAUAUUUCCCGUAUUGUUUGUGUAUGUUUUUAAAAACAAAAAACUGACAUACCUACAUUAAACGAACCAAUAGGUGUAUACAUGUAUUAUAUUGUGCUUAAUUAUUGUGUACUCCGAAAAGAAUAAAUAUGAACGCAAAGCAAUAGGUAGGUAUACAAUAUUAAUAUUGUAAUACGCACGUUUUUUUACUAAACGUUUCGUCUCUCAGCCAACUUGUUUAGACGGUUUUUGUUCGGCGUUACGCACAAAAUGAAUCACCGAUUAUUAAAUAAUAAUAUUCAGUUUAAAUAUAGCAAUUUAUAUAAACAGCACACACAAGAUCGUAUCUAGGACAAUAAAACCGUAGGGGAGGGGGAAGGUGAUAUUUCAAAACCAUAUAAUUUAUGAUGAAAAUCAAGCUCAGAGUAUAUUGUGACUAUAAGACGUAUAGUUAGGAGUGAACGGGGGGGGGGGUCAACAGGCCUCCCCCCUGUACUAACUGAUCACAUACAUUUAAAUCUAAUUAAUAUGGUUAAAAUUUAAUAUAUAGACCGAAUUCAGCGCGAUGGUGUGAACAGGCUGUCUCACGAAGAUAUACCUCUUGAAUAUCUCCGGAGAUAUAAAAGAUAAUCAAAUUCUGUUUUUUAUAACACUUACAGGGAUGAGAACUACAAAUAUUUAUAUUUGUAUUCAAUUUUUUUUUUUGUAAAAAAAUAAAAAAAAUAACUUAAUUUAAUUAUUUUCGCAAAAUGUUAAGAUGGUAUCUAGGGAAUAACCGAACCGUGUCACGCGAUAACAUAUUGGUUUUCACACGGAUUAGUAGAAUUUGAACGGUCGUUUCUUAGAAACUACUCAUCAGAUGUAACUAUGUGAUACAUUUUGUAAUAAUUUUCAAGAAAUAAACUUUACAGAAUGGAUACCUUAAUAAGUUAUUUUUUUUAAAAAAAAAAGAAUUUGAUUAUCUUUAUUAUCUCCAGAGAUAUUCAAGGGGUACAUCUUAGUGGGACGGCCUAUAUAAUUCAAAUUUUUUUUUUGACAAAUUACAAAAAAAAAAACAACAUAAAACAAAUAUUUAAUAUUAAUAUUAUUUUAAACUAUUUUGACCGAUAUUUUACCGAUAUUAUAUACAUAGACAGUUUUUCUGGUUCAAAUUAAGGGACAGUUUUUAGAUUCUGAGCCCACCGAAGAAUAUAUAAUAUAUAUUGGUUUUAUUAUGAUGUGUAUUUUUUUCAUUUUUAUUUUUUCUGUCGAUUAAUAACUUUUCUAUCAGUUACAUUGUUCCGAUUCUCGCAUUUCUUAUGAAACAAAAUGUUGUCUAGUUUGUGCGUUAGGUGAUAGUUUUUUUUUUUUUAUUUUAUUUGCGGCUAUCUUAAUUAAUGAGAAAAAACAGUAAACAAAUUUUACGAUAAUAACGCGCAAUAUUAUGCAUUUUCACUUUCAAUUUAAUUUUCUUGUUGCAAUUCAGUCAAAAACAGUCCUAUUUAGAGACUUGAAAUUUUUACCAGUGUGCAAUGGUGUACUAUUUCUUACGGGGGAGGGGAGGCGAAAUAUAUUUCCACCCACUCUUAAAGUAGAAAAUUCCUUAAAAUAGUUAAAUCACAAGUACAAUUUUAUUUAUAGAUACGAGAAUUGUGCUCUUAUAUUUAUAAAAUAUAACAUUUUUAUACAUAAAAAAAAAUAUUUUUAUUUAAUUAAAUAUAAUGUUAUAAUUCAUGUUAUAAACCUUUAAGUCUAACCUCCGGUUUUUCGUAGAAGAAAAUCGUUCAAUAAUAUCCGCAAGUAUACCUACUAUUUUCUGGUAAAUAUGUAACAGCGCAAGCCCAUAUAAGCGAUCCUGGCACAUUUAUAACUAAAAAUCAAUGAUAAGAGACAAUGGUCGAAUCGCCAAAACAAAAUGAUAACACCAGAAACCUUGACCAGGUUCGACCAUGGAUAACAAAACUAUUUUAAUAUCUAUGGAUUUGAUUAUUUAAUCUAACUAGGCAAAAACAAAUAGCAAUGCGCACAUAUAUGGCUCACGGAGGGUGGGCGAAUGUCUCCCUUAUCCCCCGCGUCACUGAUUUGCAGAUAAUACCUAAAUUAUCAUAUUCUAGACGUGUUAACAUUUUGGUUUUAAUACCGAUAUUUUCAGAGAAAAAUGUCCAUACAAUAUAUUAUCUGGUUGUUUAUGAAUAAAACGUUAAAAACAAAAAUCUGAUUUCAACACGGUUAGUUUCAACUCUCGCGGUUUUCGAUUUAAAAUAUAUCAGAUCUGUUAUAUCGCGAAAAAUCGCAUAAAAAUGUUAUGUCUCGGUCGCAAUAGUGUCGGAAUAUCGGACAAAAAAGUCAUAUCGGCUCACGACCGCCGCUAAUAAUUACUAUUAUGGCCGUCAGCGGUGUGUCGUGUCGUCACUUUGGACCGGGACGACAACGAGCAGAGCGUUGCACCCGUUUAUCCGCUUCGAAAUUUGACUCGGAUUUCGCGUGUGUCAAACGACCGCGGAUUACACACUAUUGUGCGUGGCGUACACGGUCGCCAAAAUUAAUGGCGGUAUUCAGCCCAACUACGUACGGCGUUUUUAUUAUAUAUAUUUAUAUAUUUUUUUGUUGUUAGAAGACACUGAGCGAGUGAACUGCCCGGAAAGAUGCAGAGAUAGAGAUAGAGAGAGAGAGAGAGAAAGAGUGAGAGAGUGCGUGCAAACAAAACUAGGAAAAAACCGCUAAGGCGCUGGUGUUUGUUAUUCCGCUGCAGCCGCUCGUUCAAAAAGCGUAGGUAUGCGUGCACGUCGAAUAAAUUACAUACGAGUAUAGGUUAGUAUAGGUAUUAGAAAAGUCGAAAAAACACAACGAAAAUACGGUCGUAUACGAUAUAGUAUAGUACCAAAUACGACCGUGAAUUUACGUAUACACGACGCGCACGCACAAAGUAUAAACUUAUACUGAUAUAAUUUCCAUUGUGUAACACUAUGAAUAAACGAUUGAUUGUUAUCGUAUUUGAUUUUCGUCUUCGUUUAAUAUUUACCAUUUUUUACGAUAAUACCUACAUACUUAACGUUUAAACUAAGGCCCGGACAUUAGUAUAAUAUAACAACGCUGAAAAAUAACCGAGGACGACGUGAAUCACAUAAUAUCAUACAUUAUGUACCUAUAAAUAACAUUGUAUACUAUGAAUUGUUAAAUGAAGAAAGGACAAAUGAGUUCAAAUUUUAAAAUUGUUCAAGAAAGAAAAAAAAUAAUUGGCGUUUAUACAAUCUAAAAACAAUUUCAUGUUAAUAAUUAUUAUUAUAGUGUUAGAUAUAAACGUCCAUAUGUUUCAAUGUAGUCAUUUUAUAAAAUAUAAUAGAAUUUUCGGGGCUUGAGAAAUUGUAUUGGCUUUUUUUAAAAAUUCGAACAAGUCCCCCCUUUUUGCAUUCAUCGAUACAUAUAGGUGUACCAUCGAUAAUUAUUAUUUCUUAUUUUAGUACCGUAUUUAUUUGAUUAGAAAAUUUUUCUUUACUACAUUAUGAUUGUAUCAGUUGUAUUAUUAUACACAGGAUGACAAUUGUACUAAUGCGUUAUCGGCGCAAUCGUAAAUCAUGCCGAAAACAACAAAAAAACCUGUAGUUUUGUGACGUUAUCUGUGCGCCGUGGUACUCAUUUCACAUAAACAAGCUAACUACGCAUUAGUGGAAUUAACUUCCAGUUUUAUUAUUAUGUUAUAUUGUAAUGUAUUUUGGUGUACUUAAAUUAAUAAUUUAGACGACAACUAAUUAAAUAUAUUUUUUAUAUCAUAGUUGUGAUAAUUUUAUUAUAUCAUCACUAUAAUCUGCCGAUAAAAAAAAAAACAAUAUCAUUUCAGAGUUUGAGCUCAUAUAUCACUGAGCGAACUGCUAGAAAUGUCCAAAAAUAGCGGGAAAAAAAUGUAUAAGACACACAGUUAUUCAGUGCGAUUUUUUUCUAUUUUUGGGAACAAUUAAAAAAAAAGUUAUAUUCUAAAUUAAUACAUAAAUGGUGGUAGUAAAUAAAUAAAUUAACCGACGCUGUGUUGGCAGCGACACAGUCGGUACAUUUGCGACUAAGACCAUUUUUAUGUCAUUUACAGUCAUUUUCUUCGCAGGUAUACCUAGGUAUAGUUGUGUACCGUAACACUUGCGGUUAUGAUAAAAAAUUUAACAAAAUUAGGGCAUAAUUAUACAUAUCAUGAGUUAUAAAUAUAAUAUUGCGGAUUAGAAUUAUAAGUUAGAAAAAUAAAUAAUUUUUUUUUUUUUAUAAAUUUAGUCUUUUAUGAACUCAACCGUCAUCUACAUGUCUGUAAGCGGAAUGUAUGCAAAGGCAAACUAUAUCCGAAUAUAAAGACAAAUGUUAUCUCAAUUUGUAUACAUUCAAUCAGCCAUACGUAUUACGCUUUUAUACGUAAUUCUUAGUUUAUUACAGUUUAAAUACCUAUUUGGAAAUAAACAGUGUUAUUGCUUGAAUAGCUGUGACUUAAAUUGAAAUAGUACAAGGAUUUAAAUUCGAAAUAUGAUGUUUUAUAAUUAAUAUAAGAGAAAAAAAUUGAUUAUAAAUGAUUUGUGUUUUGUUUGGCAUCAAAGCAAAAAUCACAGGAAUGAAGAUUAUUUCGUUUGUCUACUCCGUUGUUUUAAUUUGUUUAGCGUAUAAUUUUUAUAAACUAUUAUACAUUUUUUUUAUGCUGAAUAUUUCACUGCGUAGGUGGCCAUGCACAUAAAACUCGUGUUCAAGUCCCUUAUUUUUCUCUGCGGGCGGCGUGUAAUUUAAUACAAUAGGGUACCUACACGGAUACACUACGAAAAUACUUAAAACUCGACUUCAGCUGACGAUGAAACGUGGGAAUUUAUUCGAUAAGACAUUUCCAAUAAAAACCGUAGGGAAGAAAAGAUACCAAAACCACCUGCAGAGAACCUGUGGCAACGUGUGGCAGCUGCAUUGCCAUACCGAUAAUAAUAAUAACAAUAUGAGUAUUGAUAGUCUGGACCUCUUAUGACCGAGGGUCGUAUUAUAUUUGUAUAUAUGUACUAUUAUUUUUUUCUUUUUUGAGUUGGGUCGACAUGCUUACGGAUAAUAUAUUGUCAAGAAGAACAUAAUCCCACACCCUAUAAUAUUUUAUACCGCGUACCGGUUUUAACAUUACACGACUACAGGAGGCCGGAUUCUUCAGAAGAAAAAAACGAAAACAUUUAGAAUGGGUAUACUAUACGGCAAACUGGUUUUGGUAUUUUAUCUAUACGCCUUCAUCAAAAGACGAUGUUAUUUUAUAACCGAGCCCAUAGUUUAAUGUAAUGUACUCGUAUUUUAAAGAUCUAACCUAGUAAGCCUAAUAAUAUUGUAUACGAGCAAAUAAAGGACAUAAAUAAAAAAAAAGAGCUAAUACUGGGGAUGGGAGAGGCUACUGUUGUAGGCGAGAAGUUGGGAAGUUAGAAUACAUAAGGUUAUUUCAUUUAUAUCUGUAACCAACGAUAAACCAUUGCUUGACGAAUAACGAUACCGAGCGCAGUUCGGUAAUACAUAAUUUGAAUUUAAAGCGUAAUUUUUUUUGCGAUUUUUGUUUAAAUUUAAUUUCAAAACGCUUAUUAAAAAAAAAAGUGUUGUUGAAUGUUGUUUUUGGAAAUUUAACCACGUUUAGGCAAAUCCAAUAUAAGUAUUAUAACCAAGUUUCAAGUAUCUACGUGUAUUUAUAACCGAAUUAGAACAAAAAAACUACUAAAAAUUAAAAUUCCUUGAAAGCUCAAAUUGGCUCAAAAGCUUCGGAAAUGAUACCGUAAGAAAGUAAAUAAAAUUACAAUAAAAAAGGUAUCUUGUGAUUUUUCGAUUAAAUCAUUUUUUCUGGUAGAAAACGUCGUCCGUGUUUUUAUAAAAUAAUGAAAUCGUGGAAUCUUACGUUUUCCUACGUUUUUUUCCCACUUAAGUGCUUUUAUUUAAAAAAUGGCAUCAGAAAAAAAAAUGACCUUUUCAAGUAAAAUUUAAAUAACUUGUAAUUUUAAAAAAGUUGCUACACAUAAAAAUUGGAGGAUGUUUACUAGGAAAAAAAGUGUCCACAGACUAGAAGAAAAAAAAGAAUGAAAGAAAGAAAUAAAUAAAUAGUAUACAUUAUAGCUUCUAAUAGUUUUAGAUUUUAUAGAGUCUGAUAGACGGUAAUAUCGAUUCUAUAGACUAUGGUCUAUUACUAAACAAAAAAAAUACAGUAAAACCAGAAAAUACGAUGUCCGCUAACGUUUAAAAUUGAAAUGUCCGUGGUCGUAAAUAAGAAUAUAAUAACAAGCACAAAUCAAAACAAUUAUUAAUAUAAGGCAGGGGAAUCAUAUAGCAGAAAAAAAUGUUUUUAUAGCCUUGUAUAAAAUAAUUUUAUACAGCGUGUAUAAUACAAUUGUAAACAAAUAAAAUAUUAUUAUUAUUUAUAUUAUACAUCUUUGCAUCACUAGAAAAAUAAAUUCAUUGCAAAUGUUAAACUUUACUAACGUGUACAUGCAACGUUUGCUCUAUUUAUUCAGUAACCUGACUGUAAUCAAAACUGAGGUUGACAUCAGAUAUAAUUUUUUUUUCAUGUACAUUUAAUAAUUACUAUUAUUGAUUGAAUGAUUAAUUUAACCAUUAUUAUUGUAAUUUUUGUUAUCAUUUCGUUGAGUUAUUGAAGAUAAGUUUUACUGUGGUACCAUUCAGGUGUUCUUUUUCGUAACAAUAAAAAUAUUUUAAAACGCUACAUUUAAAUAUUGAUUCUUAUCCCUUUCAAAAGCGCGAGUCUAGUUUAUGAAUGCUAAGUUAUAAGUAUUGUUUGAGUAGUACUCGUUUUUAGUAAUUGGCCUUGAAUACGACAUUAAAUAACUGCACGUAUAUAUAAAACUAUAACAUUUUUAAUUUGGUCAAAAUGUCACUGUGAGGUGUUUUUGACAAACAAUAUUGCCAUGGUAACUAAUUAAAAAACGUAUGUAUUUGAAAUUUGUAUAAAUUAAAAAACCACUUAAUAUACAAUUUCGCCGUACACGAGAACAUUGCUGGUCACCUUUACUGGGCACUAUCCAAUUGGUCAUUUCACUCAAACUUGAUAUUUUAAAUUUCACCCAGAUACCCGUUUCGAUCAGAGAAUAUUAAGUUGACAGCGGGUUUAAAAUAAUACUUGUACCACAUUAAAAUUAUUUUAAAUCACAAUUUAUUACUUUAUACAAAUUGAAAAAUGUUAUAUUAAAUACCUUAUUCCAGAAAGUUCACAUACAAUCAUAAAUUGUUAUCUAUUAUAGUUGCUAAUUAUUAGUAGUAAUAUAUAAAUCGAUAAAAACAAAUUAUAGAUUAAAUCCAAUAAAAAGGACGGACAUACUUUGCACGUCGGUGUAACUACUAUUGUAGGUGGGAUGUUGAGAAGGUAGUAUACAGACGGGAAUUUAAUGUAUACCUGUAAGCAAACCAUUGCUAACGAAAAAAUGAUUCUGAGCGGAGUUUAGUUAAUAGCGUUGCUUUGUCAACAAUAUUUAUGUCAUAUUAUAGUAAACUGAUUACAAAAAUGUGCGUUUCCAUGACAACAAUGAUUGUUUGAAAAAGAUUAAAAUAAUAAAAACUUAUUAACAGCAAAAAUAAAAAUAAAAACGAUUGUCAAUGAUAAUCUUAUUUUUAAUCUUUCAAUCUUUUUUAACCUUGAGAACCUGGUUUUCUUCAUUAUCCCGAGUAUUAAUUAAAAUUUCAAAAAAUGACCUCUUCAAAGUACCACCCAGAGAAUAUUUCCUUUUAGGAAAGGUGCUAUACUUGAUAAUCGGUGUAACCUUUUGGGUAGAAAGUGUUCACAUUAAAAAAAAAAAUUAACAUCUUUGUAAAACCAAUACGUUUUUUGUUAAACUCAGAAUCUUAAAAAAAUUAAUACUUAGAUAAUUUAAUAAUUAUAAUAAUUAUACAUUACUAUUUUGUAAUAAAAUAUUUCAUUUAAAACAAAAUAUUUAGACUCGUGUUACAUUUUACGGUGUAUACGCUAAUCGACGCUGAAUGUCGCUUGAAGCUUUUAAUUUUUUUGAUGGACAGUGUAAAAUAUAUUUUUUUUUAUACCUACACUUGAAAAAAUGAAACAUUUUUCAAAAAUUGUUUUUCCUAUUUAUAGUAUGGUACACCAAUAUAUUAUUUAUAAUAGUAUCAAAAACGAUUUAUUUGAUGCCCAAUAUAUAAACGUUAGAUUUAAUGUUGUUUUUUAUAAGUACGUAUAAACACGCAUUACAGCUAGAAUUAUUUUUGGCUCAGUACGAGAGCAAAUCGUAUAUAUUAAAUAAUUUAAACGAUGGGCGUUUUUAUACUGUUGAUAUUUGUAUUACGUACUAGUUUUAUCAUUAAAUAUAAUAUCAGUAAAACAAUUAACAUAUAUAUUAAAUAUAUACUAUUUUAUAUUCUUGAAUGUAAGUAGUUAAAAGUUUUUAUAAGAUCUGUUAGUUUUAUUUUUCCAAACAGGUUUUUGGUGUUAUUAAAUAUACUUCAAAUUAUUCACGUCAUACUUUAAAAUGCACAGGAUUUCACCGAGUAGUACUUUAUUUGAAAUCAAUUUCUUACUUUCCAACAUGAGCAAAGAUGGUUUUGCAAUGAUAUUUAUUUUUUUUAAUUUUUUUUUUUGUAUGGUAAAGCUUAUCUAUAAGAAAUUUUGUUCCGAUUUUCGAGGGUAACACUUUUUUUGAAAAAAACAUUUUAUCUGGGUGGUACAUUAGAAAGGUAAUUUUUUGAUUUUACAAGCGGUUUUCAUAAUUGGGAAAAAUGUAAGAAAACAGAAAAAUUCACAAAAUGUAUUAUUUUCAAUUUUGUUUUUGUUGUGAUUCAGUUUAAAAUAUUUAUAAUGACUUAAAUUUUGGACUGAACAUUUAUAUUUAUAUUUGAAAAUUUAAGUUUUAUUUUAUUGAGCAUUUAUAAACAUUUUAAUUUCGCUAGCUUUUACGUAAUUUUUAUUUGGUAGAUAUUCCAAAAUAAAAUUUUUAGAUCAGAAUAAAUGCUUAAAAAUUAAACAGGAGGUUCAUUAUUUUAAGCAAUAUUUGUGGCGAAAAAAAAAACAAAAAAUAAAAUUGAAUGUAGAGAUUUUUUUUUUAUAAGAAUUUAGAAUAAGAAUACGAAUUUUCAUUGUAAGUAAAUGUAAGUUCAUGCCUGGUACGAUUUUAUAUCGUGGUGUUUCCCACUACGGUUCACAAACCUCAAGUGCGGCGAUUGCUAGUUAAAUAUAUUAUAUAUAUGCAUAUGUUAUAUAGAAAGUCCUGAAUUGUCAAUAAUGUACAGUGAUGUACACAUUGCGAAAUAAAAUAAAAUACGUGAAACUAUAAUAAUAGUUAUUUUUUAAAAGUGUUUUCCUAAUAAAUAUUACACAUCAGUAUAUCAUAUAAAAAUAUAUGUACCUAUAGGUAUACCUUACAUAUUAGUAUACAUCAGGGGCGGAUUGGCUAUCGGGAAAUCGGGAAUCUAAAAAUACAUAAAGCCUAUUCAAUUAUUUUACUAUAAAAUUACAUAUAUAUAUAUUGUUGAGAAAGCAUCACUAUCAACUGAACUUCGCUCAGAAUUGUUUUUUCGUAAACAAUGGUUUAUUGUUACUUACAGGUAUACAUUAAAUUAUCUAUAACAGUGGCUGCACCCGUCUUCCAUUAUCCUAGGACGUCUUUUUAUAAUACAUUUUUAAAUUGUAUGGUUUGUACAAUGAUUGUUGUAUCUACACGUCGUGAACUGUAUAAUGUAACUUGUACAAUCUAGUUAUUUUGUACAGCAACAUUGUACAGUUCGCAAUUCGUAUAAUAAUUUUUGUACACAUCGCGACUGUACAAUUCCAGACUUUGUGUGCAAUAUAUAUUUUUGAAUUUCACCUCUUAGUUCACUUAUUUUAAGAGUGAAAUUUAAAAAAAAUACUUCCUUAAUAGAUCAGUCAGUGAAUCAGUUUCUUCUCUAAUUUAUUCAACAAAAUUCAGUGUUCAAGGUUUCUAAUCUGUUUAUUCCACUUUUAUUAAUUUUAGAAUCGAAGUCGAUAACCGGCGGAAUCGAUAUUUAUAAAUGUCUGGCGGAGUCGAUAGAGAUCGAUAUUAAAAUGGCAGAAUCGAUAAAUCCUCUCACACCACUAUGCGAAUUUUGCAGUAGUCGAAUUUGUAUAAGACACCCUGUAAAUCAACAAAUAUAAUUCGAUCAUCGUUCUGAAAUCUAAAAAUGAUCAAGUCAUUCUUUAUAACGACUAGCCAAUAUGCGUCGUCGUCGUCGAUGAGAUAUAAGUUUUUGGUGUAAAAUGUAAAACCUACACCUGCUAUUGCCUGGACCUCCCGGCUUGAAAACGAUAUAAUAUUAUACUCGUGUUAUAUUGUAUGUCUUUCUGCGGGAGGUUAGGUUAGUGGCAUAGACACAUUUCUUCGAAUAAGCAUUCCCAUUAUUAUACCCACAGUCUACACGUGUGACACACAUACACGCACACACACAAUCCUCUCUGAAAAUCUAAACAACCUGUUGAUUUCGAAAGAAUAAUAAUAUUCUAUACAAUAUGUACCAUUACUACUGCACAAUAUGCAUUAUAUAAGGUACGAUAUUAAACGUUUUAUCGGAAUAAUACUCAGUGCACGGUUGGUAUUCAAUACUAUAUAGAUCCAAACCCAUUGGGGUUCCGAAACGCCAGUUUUAGUGACGUCCCUCAAUACGAUUGUACGAUAGGUAUACAGAUACUCAUUAUAUGUGUAUUGCGCCGAACGUCCUAGUUAUCUUUAAUACCUAUACGUUUGUAUAAUAUACUAUAUCAGUGGUUUUCAACCUUUUUGGGCCACGGCUCUUCGGAUUUUGAAAACUAAAUUAGCGGCUCUCUUACGAAUAAUGAUGUAAAAGAAAAAAAAAAUGAACAAAUUGACUGUAUUACUGUACUAUAUUUACUAUAGACGCGGCUCCCUUAAUAAUAAAGCACGACGCCUUUGGGAGCCGCGACGCACAGGUUGAAAACCACUGUACUAUAUGUUUAAUUUAUAACAUUUUGACCUUGAUUCCACGAAAAAACCAAUCCGUUAAACGCGUUCAUUAUAAUAUGUUGAUUGAUCGAUGAACUGUAUGAUAAUAAUAUUAUAAUCACAAUAAAUUGGGAACUUGUAGAUAUUAAAUGCCGAGUGAAACUGGGAAUUUGUAUGUGAAUUUAUUAUAUGAUGUGUUUCUUUUCAUAUUUAUAAAUAACUUUUCAACCAGAAAUCCUACGCCAAUCAAUAACGUAGGAUUUUCAUUCUAGUCAGUGAAUUGAGACGGCCAUUUUUUUGUUAUUUACCUAGCAUUCUUCUUAAUAAACCGGAAAAACUACUAAUUUUUCGUAUAAUUUUUAUUGAUUUCUGAAUUAACUUGGCAACGAGGAAAAAAAAUCCGAUCAAUAAUACUCUGCUCAGGAUCCUUUAGAAAUUAUUUAUUGUCCUGCACAGAUUUAAAUUUCAUUACUCUAUAUAUCUUCCCUUGUAAUUUCUUUCAUAUAAGCAGUGGCAUACCUAUCAGUUGCAAAUCAGUUUGUUUUUUAUUUCAUUCGUGUCCUCAAAGUAAUCCAGAAAUCAACCGGAAAGCAUUUCUGAUCUUAUCCUAUUUAAAAUAUAAUACUUAUAUGAAAUUGAUCAAAUAAACAUGUUAAAUCAUAGGAAAAAAAUAUUGGCCAGGGUCCAAUUUAUUGUCCGUGUAAAAAUUAUAACUGUGGCCGAUUGUCCGUGCAUACGGCGUUUUUUUUUCGCGUGGACCAAUAAUUAUUGUGUCCAUUUACCGUAAAGCGAAUAGACAGACAUAAAGACUUUUAAUUUAAUACUGAAGAGGUUCACAGUAACCAUAUCACGGGCAAUUUAUAACAAAAAUGUGUUUUCUUACUGAUAGAUCUAAUAGACUUAAAACAUUAAUGAUUUCAACAAUAUUCAAGAAAACGACAAUAUUUACUAUGUUUUCAUAUGAUGAUCUAUUUCCCAAUCCCUUCGUACUUCAAACUUAGAAAAAGAAAAAAAAGUUCAUAAUUUAGUUAUUUUAAUUGAAAGCUGUAUGAUGAAAAAAAUCUCUUUUUGAAAACAUUGCAGAUAAUAUUCCUUUUGGUAUUCAAUCAGAUUUUCAUUUUCGACUUGGUGAGAUAAUUUUUGUUAUGCAUACACUAGAUCUUGAGCAUUACCUAUGGUUAAUGGUUAAGUAUGAAAACACAUUUUUGCUGUAUUGUCCGUUCGAUGAACAGAAACCCUCUUAUAAGAUUGUUAGUACUCAAAUAUUAUUAGGAUAUUCGGGUCUGUUUUAACGGUUUUGUAUGUAUAAACAGAAACUUCGCAGGCAUUAUAAUAAUAUAGUCGUCAUGCGUAAUAUUAUUCGAUAAUCAAGUUAACUUCUCUAUGUCGUUUCUAUUUAUUCAGUUGUGGUCAUAAUACGAGUAUAAUAUUUAACAUAUUCCAUUUUCGAUAAACUAAAAAUUGUAUUAUUUAUUACACGUCCGGAAACCGCGUUAUAAGACGUACAAUAUAUCCGAUCAAUAAAUAAAGAACGGUAGGGACGUAUAAAUACCAGUAAUAAUUUUAUGCUAUACCAUAUUAGGUUCAGAGUUCAAAUAAUGCGCACGCAUUGAAAAAAAAAUUACAUAUAUAUAAAUAUAUAUUACACUUACACGGUCUGUGAAUAAUUAUAAUUAUAAUAUUUUUUUUGUUAUCUUACGCAAUUAUUGUUACUUGUUGGCGUACAUCCUAAACGCGUUAUCUUGUUUACACGCGUACGUACACAUUCAUACAUUAUUAUACAAAUCUAUGUAGGCUAGCGCCCAGCUGCAGUAACAAUAUAGAUACGCACAAUAUAAUAUUAUUAUGACAAGAAUAGUCUCGUUUCUUAAAGAACAAAAAAAUUACGCGCGCGUUGGCCGAAUCAUUAUUCGUUUCUUUUAUCGGAUUUUACAAUAACAUUGCGCGCCUACUGUUUCGGUGUAUAGCGAGCCAUGAUAAAUAUUUGUUUUUCUGAAAAUAUCUCCGAAUAUAAUAUUAUAUAAUAUAAUAUCGUAGUUGAAUUUAGAUGAAUUUAAAAUCGUCUUGAAGGUUAUAAAAACUCCCGUAUUAAAACAAAAAAAUUGUUGACGCGUGUCCGUGCGUUGAUAUUAUACUAUUAUUAUAGUAACACGGUAUACAAAUGUUUUUGGAGUUAUGGAGCUUCCUUUACAAAACUUACUCCGCACCAUGACGUGCAGUUUAGAAUAUUUCUACAUUCUAUAAAAUAUUUGAGGUAAUUUAGUAUAUAUAUUGUCUGAAAUGAUAAAUUAUUGCAAACAAAAAACGAUUCUGAGUAGAAUAGUAUUAAUCGUAUUUUUUGCUUGUUGCUAAUCUAAUACAGAAAUAAUAAAUAAAAAAAAUCGAUUUAAAAGUGAACUGUUGAAAAUAUCGAUACAUUGUUUCAAAUAAAAUACCACCGAUCGGAAAUUGCGAAUCAUUUAAAGUAUCUAUUGUGUAAAAAAAUUGUAGAAUUUUAACCAACUGAAAAAGUAAUAUAAAGGUUCAUAACUAUUAAUAUAAAUCUUUACUAGUAUUAUCAUUAUUUUUUUAAGUAUCUAUAUAUUAUUUAUGUCACACCCCGGAAAGAAUAGCGACACAUAUAAAAAUAUGAAAAUGCUAAGAAAUCGACUUUAAUUGUUUCGUAAUUCAUCAUAAUGUUCUAUAACUUAUUUGUCCCAUUAUUAUACGUAAUUGUUAAUCUUGAGACAUGGCUUAUGUUAGGUCAGAAAAAUAUCACAUCUCAAAAAUGUCAAAACACGACUAAUAGAAUUCAAAAUCGUUUUUAAUUUGCAACAAUUUAGUGUUUCAUAUCAAUAAAUAAACUAAAUAAUCUUAACUAUCUUCCUAACUACACGUCUACAACAGUAGCCUACUUUUUUUAAGGUUUUCAGUCUUUUUAAUUUAUGAAAUACCUAUAUUAUAUAAAUAGCUUUAGUGCAAAUAGCUAAUACUGAGGACGGGUAUGCCACUAUUGUUGGUAGGAAGUUGAGAAUCAUAGGGUACAUAUAUGCGUUGAAUUUAUAUCUGUGCACGCAACGAUAAACUAUUGCUAACGAAAUAUGAUUCUGAGCGAAGACCGGUCACAUAAGUUUUUACGAUUUUUAUUAAAAUUUUAUCUAAAAACGCUUAUAAAAAAAAACUAUUACAUUACACUGAUUUUUUUUAUUACCACUUUAAGUACAAUUUAUAAAUUAUAAUGGAUCUCGUGUUAAAUUGUCAAGCAUUUCUGUUUUCUCUAACAAUUUUAUCCACAUAAUAUCUUUAUUUAUACCAAAUAAAAUUAAAAAAAAAAAACUAGAAAAUGUAAAAUACUUAUAAAUAACUGAAAAUAUAAAAUACUAAUACAAAUAUUAUUUGAAAUUAUUUUCAAGACCCUAAGAACAAUUUCAACCUAUUUAAAAAAAAAAAAUCGAAAAUCGAAAAUAACGUAACCAUUGAUGUUGUAAACUUUUCUGUAUUACUUACGGUUUUUUUGGUUUUUUCUAAUUAUUAUAAAAACUAGUUAGAAAAUCUAAACAUAACUUUCUUACUCACCAACUAGAUCCAAAAUGCAACAAUAAAGGCCUUUUGUCACUUUUUGAUUUGAUUAAGAUUUCCGGUAGGAAAAUUUUGUUCACUGGCAUACAUCAUAAUAUUAGAACCAAUACAUUUUUCGCUCCACUCUGAAUCUAAAUGGAGCAGGUAAAAAUGUUUUUCAAUUAUUAUUUCGAACAGUGACACGUAAAAUAAAAUAAAUAAUAUUACAUAUCAUUUAGGUUAUUAUAAACUUACAUUAUGUAAAUAUAUUCUGUAAAUAAACACAUUAAUUAUUCAAAUGACUGUAAUAUGAAAUCGACUAGAAUAAAUUAAAUGUUUUUAAUAAACGAAGUGCUCGUCGUAUUUCACUAGACUAUUAUUAAGGUUUUUGAUAAAAAGAAUUAAUAACAUUAUUAUAAUAUACCUACUACCGUGUGGAAUAAUACCUACACUCAUAAUAAUACUAAUUAUUAUUAUCACCAAAUUCGUAUUCGUUAUUUUUUAAUGUCCAUUAGUAUUUUUUUUUUUAAAAAUUGUUUUUAACAUUCAAUCGCACAUAACUGCAGCACAUUUAAAAUGUGCCGCUAUAACAUUAAAAUUAAAUUCCAUUUUCUGUUUUUUUCCCUUCCGAGUACGUUUACCUAUAGUCGACUUUGUGGUUAAUGCGGUUCAGAAUUCGAAAGAAACAUCACAUUAAAAUACCUGUAUAUGUAUGAUUUUUUACACAAAGUGCGUGCACAUUCUUUGACGUGUAUACCUUUCCUUAUAUAUUAUAAGUGUUAGUUAUACACGAACUAUAAAUUAACUAAUUAGUUCGCAUUAGGGGAAUUAUAUAAUUCGACUCGCCAUUGGGUAUCGUUUUUAACUCACAGAAUUUGGCCAAUUGUCGUAAGUAUUAUAAUAAGUAAUAGCGUAUUAUGAUUUUGCCGUCAUGGUUUUUAGUACGGCAUUAUAUUGUUAACGUCGUCAUAGUUUCAGUUACUUAUUAGAACGUAUAAGUAAAUAAUAUUAUGUCUCCCGAAGUAAUAAUAAUUAGACACAAAUUAUUAUAUUGUAGAUCGUUUAUAAAUAAUUAUAAUUAUUAUUUGUUUUUCAAGUAGUUCAGUGAAAAACUAUAGGUAUAUAAUUAUCGGACGUAUAGUGAUUGAAAAUGUCAACUCCCCCCCCCCCGUACGUUUACUAAAAUACGCGUAAUUAUAAUAAUAAUAUUAUCAUUUUACUAUCGGGAUGUGACGUGGGCAUAUUUUCAGAUACCUACUAUUAAUAUUUGAAAAAUAGCCAAUAUUUCUAUUUAGACGAGAAAGAUAAUAAAUUAUGUAUUUCAACUAAGUGCUACAUACUUAAUGUAAUAUAUCUACUCUAAAGCUGAAGGAUAAUAUAAUUUUCAGUUAUCUGGAUAACAUAAUUAAAGAUUAAUAAUAUAUUAAAAUAAUUCAUAAAAAGAUAAACGAAAAUACUUUGCACGUGGGUGGGCUCAGUGACAUAUCAGGAGCUCAACCAAAGAGGGGGCAGUUUAAAAAUUGCAAUGUACACCAUAAAAUACCACAAGGGGCUUCUACGUCCAAAAAAAAAAGAAAAAAAAGGUGUUUAGGUAUAAACCAUAAUUAAUAAUAUACAAAACAAAAAAAUGUAUGUAUUCCGCGUUUUGCCCGGACAUUUCUGAGAUUUACACGAUUUCAGCGUUCACCCUUAACGGCCGUAACAUAAUAUACAUAAUAUGUAUAGUGUAUACUUUAUAUUAUAUUCAUAUCGAACAAUUCAAGGCAAUAUUAAUCUAGUUUUCUGUUACAAACCAAUCUAUGAUGACUACUAUUUGGACAUUCACAUUGAUAUCCCUAUAUAUAUUAUAGACAAAAAUUGCCCUAGUAUUAUAUCAUUAUCAUUGCCUUUUAGUAUUGCUGAUAAAAAUACCCAAGAAAUAAUAAAUAACAGGGUUAUAAAUACUAUAUUAUUUAAUUGUCUAUAGCCUAUAGCCGUGAUUGAAGAAUUACAGCCAAAAAAUUCCAAAGAGCGGAAGACCCCACAUCGCCAACCUCACCAAAAUAAGACACUAGAUGGGCUACUGUUAUUAGUGAAAAGUUAGGAAGGUAGAGGGGAAAUUUAAUGUAUAUCUGUACGCAAUGAUUAAUCAUUGUUAACGAAAAACGAUUCUGAGCGGAAUUCGGUUACAUAUAUUUUAAAAAGCCAUAUUUACGAUUUGAAAAUAAUACAUUUCGUACAUUUUUCUGGUUUUUCACUAUUUCUACCCCAAUGUGAUCUCAAAUAAUUUGUCAAUAAAUUCUCGUGUAAUAAGAUAGAAUAAAUAAAAUCCCGUAAUAAAUUAACUUAUUAAUUUUAGACAGUAAUGGAAAUUAUAUUUUUAGUAUAUUUUUAAUACUCGUAUGUUUUUAUUGAUUUUAAUUUCUAAAAUAAUUUAUACUACUACUUGGUUUCUGUGAAUAGUCUUUCACGUUUUUCCAUCCUGUUUAUCUCAAUAUACCUUAAUUCACCAUCAACACAUUUAAAACUGUUAAAGAUUAUAUUAAGAUACACUAUAUCUUAAUUCUUGAUUUUAUUUAUUACAAUUUAUGUAAGUAAUUAUAAUAUAAAUAACAAAUAAUUCUGUAAACUUUAAUUCCACAAAACCCAUAUAUAUCAUUAAAUUUUCAUUCUUUCAUUAUCUGUGAGUGAGAUCUUCUGUUAUUAUAUCAUAAAAUACUUUUUUAUAUGAAUCGAAAUUGAUUUCAUUUUGUAAUAAUAAUUGUUAAUUGUAUUUAAUUUACUUAAAUUCGUAUACAUAAUAUUUACGACUGCUUCACUAUAUCGAAAUGUUGACUUGAAAAUUAUCUGUUAUUAGGAUAUUUAUUAUAUAACAAUUUGUAACCUCAAUAAAUUUGAAACUGUUAGUGGAACAUCAGAAAAUCAGUUUUUCUAGAGCGGUUUGUUAAAAAACUUCUACCAACGUCAAUAGGAUCUAAACAUUUUUAAAACUAAUAAAAAAAAGAGCUGAUCUUGGGGACGGGUGUGUCACUCUUAUAGGUGGAAAGUUGAGAAAGUUGGAUACAUAAAGUUAUAUUUAUAUAACUUAUAUAAGUAUAAUUUUAUCCGUAGAGUACCUACCUACCAAAUAUAAAUUACGUGAAAAAUUCGCAAAACUAAAAUGUCUAUAAAUAGUUUAAAAAUGACCCAAAAUAUGGUUUUAAAAAUUUUAGCGCAUCUAGAAAAGUCAAAUAUAAAGUUUCUGUCUAAAAUUUCAAGUUUCUAAGAAUAUUAUUAUCUGAAUUAUAAUAAAAACAAAAUUGAAAAUAAUACAUUUCGUAAAUUUUCCCGCUUUCCUACGUUUUUUCCAAUUGUUAUGUAAACUCAUCAACUAGAUUAAAAAUUUAACAAAAAGUUUUCUUAUCAUUUUUCGAUCGAAGAAAUUUUUCAGUUCGAAUAUUUUUUAACAGACAAAAAAAAAAACAACUUCGAAGUAAAACCAGUAGAUCCUUCUUUCCACUUCGAAUUUAAACUAUAAUGCCAAUAUAAUAUUAAAAUAUUUAUUUUUUAUUGUUGUAGGUGUGCUCACUAAUAUGGACUCAAAGGUGUUAUUUUUUUUUACAGAUUUAGUGUACCCGAAUGGUGUAUUUGUUUAUACCCAAACGUGUUGCAUUUAAGGUUUAUAAUGUAAUAAUUUUUUUAUGGUUACAAAUUGUUGCAAAAUAUAAGAUAACAUAAGACAGGAAGUCGAGAUUUUCAUUAUUUAUAGGCAGUGGUACUUGAAAUACAUUACGCGCCAUGUGGACAAUAUGUAGUGUAGGAGUCACACUGUGGCAUCCACACUUGAAUAAUUGUUUUUCUAGCAUUUUAGAGCGAUUACAUAUAUUUUUUGAUCAUUACAAGGUAUUGCAUAUGCAAUAUGCAUUUUUAAAUAAUAACAUAAUAUAAAAGUAGUCACAAGAUGACAUUUUGACACGGCGGUGUUUGCAGGGUGACGGACCUGCUGUGAAACCUGUUUGAGAAAACGGGAAUUAUUUAAAGAGAUUAUUCAUACAUACAUAAGAAUGUGGACAUAGACAUUAAUUGUAAAUAUUUUGAAAAUUAUUGUUUAUCUAGAAAGUAUGGUACGACGGAAACUACAGCAGCAUGUAUACCAAGCCAGGGAUACGUCGUCAAAAGGUAGUCGCGUGAUAGUCUGUUGUUUCCGAUUCGGAUUGCCGCUAUCGUCGUCGUAAUGGUUCGCAUAUACGUGUCCGUUUGGAUCGUGGCGUGGGCGUCCAGUGUAGUUGCGUCGGCGAUUAUCGGUGGUGGUGGCGCUAAGGUAAUGAAAUGCUGUCCUAGAGAUAUGAUACUGAAAACUGACAUAAGCUCAUGUGUGGACUACGUGGAGGACAAUAAGAGCCAACACGAUUCGUUUGACGUCGGCGACGGUACCGGCCGCGAUAUCACUUCUGCGACAUUAGACGAAGAACUCAUACUGCCAGUGUCCAACGACAGCACAGGCAGCUCCAUACCCUGGUAGGUUACGUAUAGAUGCCACAAUAUUUUUGGUUUUUUAAAAUUAAUAUUUACUUUCCAGUAUUCGCUGUAAGUUUCACAGGUUAGAUUACAAUUCCGUACGGAUUUUUUUCACUGUUACGAUUACGUAUGUUUCACGUGUCCCAAGUUGAUGCAACGCUGCCGCUGUUACUCAUUUACGUUUCGAGUACGAUUCCGUACGUUCAUUUUUUACUACCGCGAUUGCCUACAGUUUAUGGCGUCACGGCACCAGGGCACCACGUUGUAUCUAAAAGACAGAAUUGAAUUAUUACUCUACAUAUUAUUCGAUUUGCCUAAUUAAAAAUAAAAACUGAAAACCAGUUAAAAUUAAAUAUCAAACGUUGCUCAAUCAUAUAAUGAGUUUCCUCUAUUUCCUAUAAAAAUCAAUGAGUAAUAAAAUACUAUACACUAUCACAUACCAACAUUUUGAGAUAAAAUGGCGUAAAUGAUAAAUACACACAUGUCUGGUUUACGCGAUACUCCAAGUGCAUGCGUUUUUAUUUUUUGUGAAUUUAAUAAAUUGAAUGGAGAAUAAUUUAGUGAAAUUAUUAUAUCAGAAUAUGGGAAAGAGGUUUACACAAAUAUCAUUUUAUACGGAACCGAAAGCACGGUUUAAUUAAGUGGUUGUGCAUAGACAAAACAUGUUACGACAGAAUUUUGACCAAUGCCAAUAAAACACAUGCCAGCUUGGUAACUGGUGAGUAAAACUACGAACCGAACACAUUUCAGAAAAUUAAACGUCAGAUACUUCUCUCCGUGGUGCAAAAAACUUGUAUAACUAGGUAAUUGGUAUUAAAAAUAUAAGCAUGUUUUGUGUGUAAAAUGUUGAGGAUCCUGGUUUCGUAUGCGUUAACAACGUUGCAUUCAUUUUUGUGUGGAAUCGAACUACUUUAUGGGUCAGAUUGUGUAAUAAAUCUUUUUAUCAAACUCACGGAAUAGUACCUAAUACAAAAAGGUACAAACGUACAGAAUCAUAUAUUUACGUUAUAGUUUUUGUACUUUUAAUGUAUUCUAUUUUUUUGCCAAGUUCCAACAUCACACUGUCUGCACUUAUACACUACCUACUUGUGUAAUAUAUUAGUAUAAUCUACAUGUUACAAGUAUAGAUGACAAGUUUUUGCAAUCUGUACUUAUCGAUGAUAUGAAAAUCCUAUUAAUUUUAGGAUGCUCUUGACAAACUAUUCGACUCUUUUAGAAGUUAUAUUAAUAUUAAUGCAUUUAUUAUAAUAUAUCAAAAUUAUUACAUUUUGAAAAUAUUAAAACAGGUCAAAACCCAAUACAAUUUAUAACAAAUUAUUUAAUAAAUAAAUAAGAUUAUUAAAAAAAUAAUUAAAAUAUAAUAUAAACCAAUUCCUAAUUUACUUUAUCUUUAGAACUAGAGUGUAGCGAAGGAUCUAUUGGUUUAACUAUAAUUUUUUUUUCUGUUUAUGAACAACAUUUCUUCCAGAAAAUUUGCUCCCAAGUAGACUUUAGUACCUUACUUAGGCAAUUUUCUCUAGUUAGUGCACUAAGGAAGUCGUAUUUUAAUUUUCCAAGGGGUUUUCGAAAUAAUCGGGAAAGACCCUAAAGAAAAGUAUAAAGUAAAAGGGCAAAUAUUUAUUUACAGCACUCCGUGGCGUUACCGUUUUCAUUUUUAUGAUGUUAACACAAUGUUUUCUACCAGGAAUAAUACUCCAAAAAUGGCAAAAGAUCAACUUUGAUUCUUAUAAUAUUUCGCUACUGUUAAAGAAAGUAGUUUUUAGUUUUUAGAUUUUAAUCUAAAGUAGUCUUUUCAAUAAUUAAAAAAAAACUAAAAAAGACGAGGUAUACGAUUUUUUCCAAAUUAAGAUAUAACGAUUCCAUUAUUUUAAAUGUUUACGGCUUAUGUUAUGUACUAUAAACAUUGCUCCAGUAAAUAUAUAAAAGAGAUUUUUUAUGUUGAAUUUUUAAUUUAGUUCAUGAGUAAGUUAUUCGUAUUUUAUUUUGUCUAAUUUUUUUAGUAAUUAGGAAAAACUGAAAAAAAUGUAAAUUUAAAACUUACGGCGUUAAGAUUUCAUUAUUUUAAAUUUGUACGACUUAUGUUUUCUACCAUAAAUAUUGCUCCAAUAGUAAAACAACUAGUGGUCUAUUUUGUGGAAUUUUUAAUCUAAUUGGUGAGGAUGAAUGUCGUUUUUAUAUAAAUUGAGCAAAAUCGUAGAAACGAUGGGGAAAUAUACAAACAUACAUUUUUUAUUAUUUUAAAUUUUGUUUUUUUAAUGUAAUUUAGUUUAAAAUAUUCAUAAAGACUUAAAAUUUAGACAGAAAACUUACACUUUCAUUUUCUAGACUCAGUAAAAUAUUUGAUUCAUUUUUGAGCUAAUUUUAAUAGAUAUUUUAAUUUUGCGAUUUUUGUUCGUAAUUUGUAUUCAGUAAGAACUCUGUAGGUAAAAUUGUUAGAUAAAACAGAAAUCCCUGAAAAUAUAACAGGAGGUUCCUUAUGUUUCGCAAUUUGAGGUCAAAUUUUUUUUUGAACUCAAUGUAUUUUUUUUUUUUAAAUAUUAUCAAAAUUUGACGAAAAUGGUAAAUAUUACGACCUUUGAAAACAUGUGUAAUCGAACUUCGCUCUGAAUCGUUUUUCGGUAUAAAAAGGUCAUUUUGUAAUUUUCCCAGGGGUUUUUGAAAGAAUUGUGAAAAACCCGAAAAAAAAUUACAGGUAAAAUGGAAAAUAUUUACGUUACUCCGCAGCCUUACCGUUUGUUUUGAUUUCAUUGUGCUUACAAAAUAAACAACAAAAGACCUUUUUUGUUUUAUUUUAAAUCUAGUUCAUGAGUAUGUUAUUCAUUCAUUAAAUUUUCUAGUAGUUUUCGUAAUAAUUGAAAAAAUUAGGAAAAAAAAAAAUGUUAUCCAUUAUUUAAAAUUUGAAUGGCCUAUAUUUUCUACAAAAAAUAUUGCUCCAACAAGAUACAUUUGUUUGUUGAAUUUUUAAUCUAUAAAUCUUUAAAUAUGUAAAUCUUAUCAUUUAUUUAAUGACUCGAGGCAUUCAAACAACGUCAAUAUGUGGUACUGGCAGUAGGUUGAAUAGAUUCCUUGUUUUCAUUGAAAACAUUUAAAUUUAAAUAUUAAGGGUUACUGUUCUGGUCUCACAUCCAGCGUGUCUGGUCACUAAGUUUUAUGAGUGACGUGGCUGACUUGAUGAUAUCAUUAUUUGUGAAAACAUUAAUUUAUUGUUAUUUUAUUGUGGUGGUGGCACCAUAGUUGCACUGCCAUGACGACUACUUGUGAAAGAGGUUUAAAUCUUAACAUAUUUCAAAUUAUAUUUACUUUUGUGGUGUGUACAAUACAUAAUUAUCAACAAAUCCACAUUUUUGAGUUAAAAUAAUAAUUUUAAUACAUAAAAGAAGUUUAUUGAGCAAAAAAUUUGCUCAAUUAAGUUUAUUAUUUAGUCCAAUUCUGCAACAUAGAAGCAAGUUUUGAAGUGGCAAUGGUUACAAAAUCUGAUUUAACUACUUGACUGGUAGAUUGUAACGAUGUUUGUGAGUUAGCAGUAUCCAAUUGAAACUAAAAAGAAUACAUAUAUUAUAUGAUACAUGUUUUAAAAAUGUUAAAUUAUUAGUUUUUAAACUUACUAAUUCCCAUUCGUCUUCAGAAUCUUCGAGAGUAUUACAAAAUUUACUGUCAGUAUCUGGUGGUUCAAUUCUAAAAUUGGAAUAAAUAAAAUUAGGUUAAUUAGAUAUUUAUAAAAUAUAAAUAGUGAUUUUUUUUUGUUUGUAAAUAAACAUAGUUUAGAUAAACUAAAAUAUUAGAAAUAUAAUUCUUUUUUAAAUUUUACCUUCCUAGAUCACUAACAGAAGUGUCUAAAAGUAGCAUCACAUUUUUUAGUGUGUGAUCAGCAUGUAAUAAUUUGGGGUCAACAUUUUGUUUAAUACACAAAUUAAGGAUAUUUUUAUUUAAGAGGGAAACAGCUUUUGAAAAUUUGGUUUCAUUUAGUUCAUUACCGCAAAAAUCACUGGAAAUAAAUAAAAAUUAAAUAUAGGUCAUAUUUUAAUUAUUCAAUUUAAUUUUAUACAUUACAUAUAAUUUGGAUGUUUGGGUAAAUAAAUGUUUAGGAAAAAAUAAAGUUGCUUUAUAAACUGUGAUGUAUAUGUCAAGGACGCACCUAUUGUAUGUGCAAAAUUUGGUUCAGUAAUCUGUUGUUGAAAUACAUAAUCCCUAUUCUUAUUUGCAACAACUGGCACAGAAACAAAAAUGAAAAUAAUAUUAUAAUAUUGCAAUAGGUACAGGCUGUCCCACGAAGAUAUACCCCUUGAAUAUCUCCGGGGAUAAUACAGAUAAUAAAAUUAUGUUUCUUUUUUUAUAUUACUCACAGAAAUGAGGAGUACAAUUAUUUAUACAUAAAUUAACUUUUUUUCUCAUCAAAAAAAAUUACUUUUUAUUUUAUUAUUUUUGGAAAAUUGUAAGAUAACCAUUAUGUAAAGUUUAUUUUUCUGAAAAUUUUAAUGUAUAAUAUUGAUUAUUCAUCCAUUAUUCAUAUCAUACAUUUUUUAGUUUUUACGUAACAGCUGUUUUAAAUUCUAAUAAUCCGCUAAAAAAAACGGAUGUUAUCUAAAGAAUAACCUAACCAUAUUACCGGAAAACAUAGGUUUUCAUACGAAUUUAAAACGGCUGUUACUUAGAUACUAUUCAUCAGAUAUAAAUGCGUGAUACAUUAAAAUUUUUAAAAAAAUAAACUCUACAGAAUAACUGUCUUAACAUUUUCUGAAAAUAAUAAAAUAAAAAGUUAUUAAAAACAAAAAAUAAAUGUAAAUAGACAUAUUUGUAGUUCUCACCCCUGUAAUUAAUGUAAAAAAAAUAUAAUUUGAUUAUAUUUAUUAUCUCCGGAGUUAUUCAAGGGGUAUAUCUUCGUGAAACAGCUUAUACAUAGUUUAAGUUAAUAUAUUUAUUUUAAAUAUAUACUCCAUUCAGUAUAAGAAGAAUAAUCUCCAUUAGCGGGUAAAAUAGAUUCUACAAUCUGAUACCCUGUAAAUUCGGUUUGUUUAGAUCGAGUAUCACGUGUUUCUACCCAUUUACCACAAAUAUAGGUAAGUUGUGAAGCUUCGGUUAAGGCAUGAGUAAGGUUACUUGAACUAGUAACAGCAUUACAUGUUUCAUUCCUAAAUAACGAUAACAAUUUAUUAUUAAUAAAACACUUAUACAAAAUAGAAAUUAUGUUUUCAAAAAAAUCUAUGUAAACCAUUAGAUAAAUAUUAUUAACUUAUUAAAAAUUAUACAUAUUAUAUAUAAAUAUAAAUUAUAUAAAUACUGUACACAUUUCACUUACGACAAAAUAGCUGAUGAAUCGUGUACUUCAUUCAAAGUGAAAAUGUUACAACGUAAUUCUUUAAUUCUUGUUUGAAUGAGUUUUUUUAAAUUUGGUCUAAUAGCUGAAAGUUCGUUUAUUCGUUUGUUUAAAAUAGAUGAUUCUUUUUUAGCAAAUAUAUCUAUAUCUUCUACACUUUUUUUAAGCUGAACGGUUUUUGUUGUUUUUUCUUCUAUUUCUUUUUUUAAUUUGGCUAGACGACUUUUUUCUAAAAAAAAUAUAUAUAUUUCAUAUUAAUAAACCUAAAUGUAUUAUAGUACAGUUUGUUUCUAUUUCUAUAAAUCAUUUGGAAAUUCUUACUAUCUGUUAUACGCAUGUUUUUUUCAGAUACUGCAAGUUUUAGUAAUUUAAUUUUAUCUCGAAUUAUUGCAAUUUCAUUUUUCUGAAAAAUAAAUUAGCAAGUAUUUUACUCUGUACAACUAUAUUGGAUAGGUACCUAAUAAAUUGUAUUAGGUACCUAAUACAUAUCCAAUCAAUUUUUGUGAAUACUAAAAAUUUAUUAGAUAAUUUGUGUGGCUACCUUUAAAGCAGUGCAUUUUUUUUCAGGCAAAAACAUUUUUUCAACUUCGCAUUUUUGAAUUAUGGACGAUUUUGAAACAGUUUUCCAUUUUAUUUGUUUUUCGGAAAAUCUAUAAACGUAUAAAUAAAAUUCAUUAACGUUUAAUUCAAAUCAUAUUGCAUUGAAGAAAACUAUAAAUAUUUAAAUAUUUGGGCUGGUGCAACUAGUAAUUUCGACAUUCUGAAGAUUUCAAGAACUCAAUAAAUCCAAAGUAAAAGUUUCGGAGAGAAAAAAAAUGAACUCGUUAUUUGGGAAGUUGGAAGUAAACUAGGCUUGUAUGAGUUGUAUGAGAUUUCGAAUCCCCGAAGAUCUAGACUCCUCUAUUACAAAUCACCAGGAGCUGAAUUCAACAGUCAUACACAUAGGUACUUAUUAAAAGAAAUUUAUUUCAAAAUGAUCAAAUUAUUAAACCCAAUUACUCGUAUUACUAUUAAAAUAGUUAGAACUGUGUUAUUUUAUCACAAGUCGAACAAAAUAAAAUUUAUUCAUAGACAUACAAUUUUCACAAUAAGAGUAUAAUAUACAAACUAGUUCUUUAAAAUUGUAUAUGACAAUAAAUUUCGCUAUAAAAUAUUAAUCAUAUUUUUGGUUUGGAUAUACGUUAAUAUUGUUCGCGCGAAAAUUAUUCGUAUAUGAUCUAUAUGUUAGUCUACCAGUGACAAUAUUAAAUUAAAAUUGUAUCGAUAACUUUACAUUGUCAAUCUUUAUGUGGAUUAUCUAAUGAGUCAUGCGAUAGUAUCAAUAAUAUAGGUAGCUAAUACUAAUAUUCACAUAACACAAAUCCAUGCAACGUUUAAGCAAUUAACAUUCACCAGUAUUUUGUCAGUUUCAAUUAAUUUUUAAGUUUUGUUUUAUAUUAAAUUACAAAUGGCUUUGAAAUAUAUAAAAAGUGACCGGGAUUUAACAAGUAAAAAUUUAGCAGUAUGUUGCCGGUCAAAAUCCACCAAAAAAAAUGUAUCAUAAAAAUGUUAAAAUGUUAAAAAAAUGUUUGCAGAUUAUACCGUAAUAAUCUAUAAAAACCGUAUAACAAUUAACUACCUGGUGAUGUUGCUUAUGAUUUUCAAUUGUAAAUAUAAUGCGACAGAAAUACAAAUAGAAGAAAAAAUGUAAUUAUCUAUUAAUGAACGUAUACUAGCGAACUGCAUUGCCGGGGUUUUCAUUUAAUUGUAUUAUUUUUUUUUUUAAAUAUUUAUGUCACAUGACAAACUUUCAUCUGAAAUAGCUUAUAUUCUUUUUAUUAAUAAGCAUAGAUGAUUUUAUAUAAAUUCGUGGUUUUUAAUGGAUAAAUAAACAUUAACAUACAUAUUAAAGUUAAAAGUCCUUUUAUUGGUCGAACGUAUAUGAAUAGAUUUUGGAUACGUACAAACAUUUCUCUUAAAUAAUUAUAAUUUUUUUACGAACAAUUUAUUGUCGUAUUCGAAUAAUUCGAAUCAUCACGCGAAAAAUUUGACGUGAUAUUUAUAAGUAUAUAAUAUAUAUGUACAGGGUGUCCCACGAUGACCAGCCACUUGAAAUAACUUUUGCUCUAUUCAAUACUUUUGGCAUUUUUUUUUUUUUAAAAUAAUGAGUUUGUUUCUGCUCUAUAGUUUUUAUGUGAACAACAAAAAAUUCAAAAUAGCCAUUUUAUAAAAUAAAUUUUUAAAAAAUUGUUGGUAGUUGAAACUUUUAUUGUCUUUUAUUUUCUAUGAUUUUUUGAAAAGUUGAACAAUUUUCUUUUCAAUCAUAACAAUAUUAUUCUUCAGUAUAAAUAACCAUUAUUGAUUGAUUAAUAUUACCUAAUACCUAUAAUAUAUGAUAAUAUAACUGCAUUAUAUUAACUCACUUAAAAGAAAAUUAUUUUCAUGUGCCCUGACUAAAACACGGAUAUUGUAGUAGUAAAAAACUAUUGAAAUUGAUUGUAGUAUUGCACUAAAAAAUAUUAAAAACUACACUAAAAACGAAAAAUAUUUGUACAAAAAUAGAAAUAGUUGGUUUAAUGUUUGGCAUAUUUAUAAAACACUAACAGAACACGAUCACUCAAAAUUCACGGAGUGACUGAAGAACAGAUUAUAGCAAUCAAACAAUCACAUUUCACAAAUUAUUGAUAUACAUGGGAUUUUGAUCUUCUUUAAAAAAAUUAUAGUAAAAUUUUAAUUUUUUUAUUUUAAGUCUUCCUUCCCCUAAAAAAAAAAAUGUUCAUAUAUAAACUGUUGCGCAGAGGCAUAUUAAUUAUUAAAAAAAUAAAUACAUCAAAAUUAUUGGAUAAAACAAAAGUAAUUUCAAGUGGCAGAUCAUCGUGGGACAUUGUAUAUAUAUAUACAUAUAAUACCAGGUGAUCCAUUUAAGUGAGUACACUCAUUAUUUCGAAAAGAAUUAAAUAUUUUCGGAAUUUGUUUUCUAGAACAUUUAAGAAACAAGCCGCUCUACAAUUUUAUAUUUAUAUUAUUUUUUGUCACCCUUAUUUUCAGGAGUAAAACCAUUACCUAUUUUUGAUUUUCAAAUGGCAACGUAUAUUAAAAAGUUCAUAAAUAGAUGGAGUUUUAUUAGUUAAAAUAAAUUUUGGUAUUGCAAUUUUAGAUUUCUGUCAAGUCGUUGACGAGAUAUUCCACUUUUAAGUUUGGGUUGGAGAAGAGUAGUAGAGUUAUCAUUUGUAUGGCGGUAUAACAUGUGGAGUGUUAAUAAUGCACCACUACUCUCCUCCACCUCAAACUUAAAAGUGGAAUAUCUCGUCAAUGAGUCAAAGAAAAUUAAAAAUUUCAACACUAAAAUUUAUUUUAACAAAUACUACAUCUAUUAAAGGACUUUUUUUAAUAUAGGUUGCCAUUUGAAAAUUAAAAGUAGAUAAUGGUUUUACCCCCGAAAAUGAGGGUGACAAAAUAUAAUAUAAAUAUGAAAUUUUAGAGCAGCUUGUUUCUUAAAUGUUCUAGAAAACAAAUUCUGAAUAAAAUUAAUAGUUUCCGAGAUAAUGAGUUUACCCAUCUAAAUGGAUCACUCGGUAUAUGGAUAUGUGAAAAUUAGUUUGAAUCAUAUAGAUACUUAUUUUAAAUGAGUUUCAUAUUUAAUUAUUGAUUUAGGUUUUUUAGGUUUUGAGUGUAUUUUUAUUUGAGGGGUAAAUUAUAAAAUUGAAAAGUGGGGACCUAAAUUUUUAAAUGGGUAUUGCAUAGUGACCGUACCUAGCUAAUGGCACAUACAAUUUGGGAGACCCUACUUAUUAUAUCAUAUUAGUACUAUUAUUAUUAUUAUAUUGCUAACCUUCCCUUAUUAACGAUCCCCGACGUGUGACCAAAAUCUCCGUUAUCCACGCACGUUAUGCAGUGAAACGAUUUACGUAAUUUAUGACACAUUAAACAUUUCAUGGUUUGGUCGACCACUGACCAGGUGUCGUAGGACACCUCCGGAUCAAGUACUUUUGGUUGAGUGAAUCUGUUGUCCAUUGAAGGCGAUAUCCAGCUGUUGUUGAGAAUUGAAAACGGUUAACUCGGGACUGUAGUACUAGAAAACAUGAAAACGAGUGUCUUCUUGUUUUCGUGUUCUACGUACUACAUGCGAGCACUCACGCACACUUGUGGUGGUCCGUGGAACUACGCACUUAUUAUAUAUGUGUGUGGGUACGCGUGUACGCACACACACACGCACACACACGCACACAUAUGCACACACACACACACACUCAUAUUUUGAUGGAUAAUAAGUUACAGACUUGGGUAAAAUAUUUUUAAAAAGUAUUCAGAAAAAAUAUUCGAAUACAUUGAAAAACAUAAUUAAGAAUAAAUAUCUAUUCAAAUAGUUUACAACAAAAGUAUUUUCUAAAAUGUUCUGAAUACUUACUUAUUUGCCGUAAAAUUUACUUUACGAAAAAUUGUUUAACCGACGGCAAUUAAUUACCGAAGUGAAUAUGUUUUCACAUUUUAAAACAUUAAAAAAUACACAUUAAGAUUAGGUUUGGUUAGGUAAUCAUUUAAAAAAUGUAUUAUAUUUACCGUAUAGCUAUUAACUUUUAUGAUAUAAUUAAUUAAGAUUUUUUUUAAAUGGGAAAGAAGGAAUUUAGAUGAACUGAAUCAACAAUUAGAUUUAACUAUUGGUUUCAUUGGAACUUUUAAUAAACACCAAGAUUUGCUUUGACAACAUCAACCAUUUAUAUUGAAUGGUUCUGAUUAUAACAGAUCGCUUUAUAUUUGAAACCAUGCAUCUUCUCUGAUUUUUGUAAGUUGAUAGUGAACGUGAAUAAUUGGAAUUAUUGAAUAUAUUUCUAUCACCAUUACAUCUUAAGACAUUUUUAAUACAUAAAAAUGUACAAUAAUACACUUAUUUUAAUGAAUCAAAUAGGUAUAAGAGGUAAAAUUUUAAAAAAUCAAACAAUUAAAAACAUAUAAAUAGUACAAUUUAAUCUAUGAAAGAUGAAAGGUAAUACCGACAUCAUAGAAUAAUGGGGAUAGGUGCAGCCACUGUUCAAAAUAAUUUAAUGUUUACCCGUAAGCAACGAUAAACCAUUGCUUACGAAAAAAUGUUUCUGAGUGGAGUUCAGUUGAUAAUGAUGCUUUAUCAACAAAAUAUGCCAUUUUAUGGUAAAAUAAUUAAAUAGGCUUUAUAUAUUUUCUUUAAUAAUAUUUAUUUAAUGUUGUACCAGUUUCUAUUAAAAUAUAUAAUAUUUGAAUCUCCUACAUUGUGACUUAUGGUGUGUGUUUUCAGUUGGAUACCACCCGAAUUUAAAUUCCUGCGGGCUUCAAAUUUUUCGGAGACAUUUGAACCGGAAUACGAGUCGUUUGACGCCAAUGGUCAGAUACCGUGUGGCAUGAAUGACUUGGAAUCGAUUAUCGUCGACGAAGACAUGGCUGUGUUAGACAAUGGGCAGCUGCAGAUCAUGUAUCAAAAGGAUAAAGGAUUAAAUGACAUUUACCAGCAACUGACGUUCUCUCCCACCGAAUAUUGCAUUGACCGUGUGUCGCUGUCCGAAAACUUUACGUUCACCGACAAGAAGAAGAACAGACGCAGCGUGGCCGCUACGGUCAACACCAACGGUAUGACAACCAACGGGACAGUCGGCGUAGCAAAGGAGACCGACGAUGCUGUCAAUACGAUGGCUGCGAUAUUUAUGUACUCAUACGUGGCGCUGGUGUGCAGGCUGUGCUCAAAGAUUACGUGUGUGCCAAAGUGUUGUGGUAAGAGUUUCGUGCUCGAGUACAGGAAGAACAGAGAAAGCAUCACGGGAUGCCGGAAGUUGCAGAAUAACGUCAAAGCCGCUAUAAAUCUAAAAGCCGCCAACGGAACGGAAUUGAACCGUAAGUGUUUGGUUUCUAAAUAUGACUGUGUAUUUUACCCAAAAACAGUUCACAAAGCACAUUAAAUUCCCAUCCCGAAAAAUGAACAGCUCAAAAUGCACUUAAAAUUCCAAAAAACGGGCACCGAAAAUAUAAAUCAUAGAAAUAUUUAUAAUGUUUAAAAUCGUUUCAAAUUAAGCCAUACAAAAAAAUGUAUCAAUAUAAAUUACAACUUAAUAUAUCAUAUAAAAAUAAAUCCGAAAUAAUUCAAAGUAUAUAAUAAAAUGUGUUUAAAAAAGAAAAAAUAUCAAAAUAAAAGUAAACGAACAGAGUUCAAUAUUACAUAAUUCGUAUUUUUUGAUUUCUCCAGAAAUUUUCCUAAUAAAUAGAAAAAACAGAGGAAUAACGAGAAAAUAUACGUAAAAAAUUAACGCAAAUUAAUAAUAAUAUUUUAUCAUGUCAAUUAAUAUUACAUUGAAAUGUUCCGAACGUUUUUAUUUAUAUAUAAUUUACUAAUUUAAAAAAAAAAAUUGUUAUCUUAAUUCUUUAGAAGUUCAAUAAGUUUAUUGAUCCAUAGCUGUACUACUAAUUAGAAAAAAAAAUUAAUCUGAGUAAAGUUGAACCUGUUUUGAAAUGCCGUGAUUUGUACGAUUUAACUUAUUUCGCCUGUAAACUAUAACCAUGAAGCUCGAAAUUUUUUACCAUUAUGCACAUUGUUAUAAAUUAUGUUGAAUCUCGUGUUAACGUUUUGAAUAGUUUUACUGCACAAAAAUAAUUGUAUCACACAUAAAACCAAAAGAAAUCUAAAAAAACUUCAACAAUUUCAAAUGGCUAUCAAAUAAAUCAAAAAUAGCUAGAUUGUGUUUAAAAUUAUACCACCUACAGAAAUGACAAAAAUGACGGCAAAUAACGGUUUCAAUAAUUUCUAUAGUAAUCUAAGUUAUUAUAUAGUAGUUAUCUUACAGCCGUAAGCAAUCUAAUUUAUUAUUUAUAUCUGUGAUAUAUAUCAGAUAAUCGGUGGGGAAUAAAAGUGACGGUCUGGCCGAUAACAAAAUUCAAAGAUAUGAUGUAAAGAAAUAUAGUUGUCUUUCCUGCGUGAUUAUCUAUGUGACGGCAAACUCGUGCCUCAAAUUCGGAAAAAAAAAUUUGGUUUAUUUUCGUUUUUUUUUCUUUUCGUUUUUUUCCUGCUACAAUGCGUUCAUAGCUUUUCGAAAACGAUAAAUUUCGCUAUAAUGGCAUAGUUAGUCGAGUCCAGUCUACCAGAAAAAAAAAAUGAGUUUCCCUAACCUACUCGGAUUUAUAAAAUUUGAUUUUUGUCAAAUGAAGUAAAAUUCCCGAUCUCGCUAUCUUUAAGAAAAUAAAAAUAUCAAAUGGUCUCAAAUUUUGAUUACAAAGUAACAUUCAUCUUAAGAUCUUUCAAAUCGAAGUGUGCACAAAAUUAACAUCAAGCUAUAUGAUAUAACGUAAUUUAACAUAAUAAUAUAAUAACAUAUUAAUAUAAUAACAUAGUAAUAUAAUAUAACAUUGUUGAGGUGGUCGGUCGUCAACGUGCAACGGUUUGAGAAUACAGCUGUUUUCAGGUUAAUAAUCUGGUCAACAAUUCGGCAACUGUUCACAAUGCGUCCCUACAGUGUAGAGUUAACACGACGUUGGCGAUGGUGGGGGCGGUGGUGGUGGUGAUCGUGCAGUCGUCGGUCGAUAAUAUAAAACGAUUUAUUUUUCUCCCCCGAUACGAUCGAACGCAUGUUUGUCGGCAUAUAUCGAAGGGACGAGAAAUACAAAAGACAGAAAUAAUGCGACGUUGCUAUUGACAAAAUAAUAACGACGCAUUAACGAUAAAAUCAAUGCCGAAAAAAAAACCGUGCGCUGUUAGUUUCGGCAUUAUUGUAUUCUUAGUGUAUUGUGUAUACCAUAUAGAUGUAUUUUGGUGAAAAGGACGGUUGUCGUGUAUUGGUUAAAAAUACAUAUAUAGGUAUAAUCGCAUUUUACGAUGCGCGGCUGUUUUACGCUGUAACGUUAUACCAUAAACUGUACAAAAAAAAAAAAAAGAAAAACUAUUGAAAUUUAGAAACUUAUAACGUAAUAUAGAGAAUGAUAAUCGAAAAAAUAAAAUAUCACAAAAUCCGAAAAAUAUAAAUAUAAAUAAAAUUUAUAAUUUUUCAAUCGAGAACUGUAAAUUUAAAUUUGAGUUAAAAGUUAAGUAAAACUAUUGUUAAUUGAAAUAUUGUAAUAUUAUUAAUUAUUUAAUUAUUAUGAAUAAUAACAAUAAUAUUAUUAACUAUAUAUUUCUAACCUUUAAUGUUAUUAAUCGGGUAUUUUUUUUUUUUUUUUAUGUAAAGCAUUUAAACGAGUUUUUUGUUUACUAAGUUUCGUUAAUAGCGACGUGCGACGAUUCGUUUGCAAAUUAAUAAUUUUUUUUUUUUUUAUUUCGGACAUUGAUAAGUUUUUCUGUUAUAAUUUCUCACUCGCUCACUGAUUGCUGAUUUCUCACUGAUGCUUUCUGCAGCUGUAAUAUUAAUAACGAAUUGUGCACAGGCCAGGAUUAUUAUUUCACCGGCAUGAAGCCGCCGGACUGCGGUUCCCGGAGUUGGUACAUGCUGAACAAGACCGGUCCGGAUGCUAUCGGUUACGGGUUGUUACCGGACGGCCGAAUGCACGUGGACAACGGCGUGGUGCCCAUCGAGCGAGACGAGUAUUGCGUGGACGCCGUAAACGUGGUGCAGCCCGCAGGCAAUGCGACGCCGGCCCGACCGCCAUCCGUGUACUCUGACGUAUUGGUCGUGUGCCGUGUAAACAUCGCGUCCAAUAUCACCGGCGGAUCGCUUGAGUUUCGCGAAAUAUUGUACGGCGCAUACUUCGUGGUGGGCGCCUUGUUCCUGGCCGCCACGCUGCUUAUAUACGUCGUGCUUCCCGAGCUUCGAGUCACCGUUCACUCGGGCAAUCUAAUUGCGCACACCGCGUGCCUGUUUGUGUCGUACGCCACCCUGGCCGCCACCACACUCGUUCGUGACGUGUUCAAUUACUACGCCUGCGUCGUCGCCGGUAAUUGUUGUGAAAUAAAUAAUAUUAUCUUACGGUAAUAUAAUAUAGAUAAGCGAAAUUACAGUUUUUCUCUAGAAGGAACCAAACUUAUAUCGAAAACUGAAUCGGAUAGUUAUUUAAUAAUUUUGAAUUUGGAGCGUAAAGAGGGACCUAUUGGUUUUACUAUUAUGUGUGAUUUUUUUUUUUCUAUCCAUAAACAACUUUAUAAAAAUUAAUCUUGUUUCAGUGUAUCAGAGUAAAGUACCUUUUUCAAAAGAAGUUUUGUCUAAUUGGUGCAUUAAAACGUCAUUUUUUGAUUUUCCAAGUGGUUUUUCAAAACAAUUAAAAAAAAUCCGAAAGAAUAUUAUAGAUGAAACAGCAAAUAUUUACGGCACACCACUGCGUGUCCGAUUUAAUAGUUUUUAAUUUUUGCAACCUCAUGUUUUCUAUUAAAAAAUAUUGCUCCAAUAGAUAAACGACAACAGAUCUUUUUUGUUGCAAUUUUAAUCUUAUUCGUGAGUGAGUUUUUUGUUUUUUGAUUUUCUCAUCAAAUGAGAAAAACUAGAAAAAAAAUUGAAGUAAAACGAAAAAAUGUUCGUAAUUUAUAAGUAAAAUAUUACGGUCUUUUUUUUCAAUGGACAACUUUUCUACCAGCAAUUAGAUUCUAAUUUUAUAUGAUAGCACAUUUUCUAAAAGGAAAUCUGACUGGGGAGAUACUCUUUAGGGAAGUCGUUUUUCGAUUUUCCUAGCUGUUCUUUCAUAAUAAAUGGAAAAAAGUAGGAAAAACGGGAAAAUGGGAACAAUAUUAAACAAAUAUUAUUAAAGAAAUGAUGUAGUUAUUUUACCAUAAUAUAACAUAUAUACUAGGUGUGGCUAUUAAACAACGAGACUACUCGCCUAGAGAGCGCCCUAGAUGGGUAGUGAAAAAAAAGAGUAAUGCGUUGGAUAUCUAGAUAUCUUAUCUAUGCACGUACCAAAACACGUUUUCGUCACUGUUAUAGUAUUUGUGCAGUAGUGGUUUAAAACGAACGUGUUUUUUUCUCGUGCCGAAAACCAUGUGUGACGAAAAACAUGAGCAACGGAUAAACGUAAAAUUUUCUCGUUAAACUAAAAAAAACUCCAACUGAGUGCUAUAAGUUGUUAAAAGAGUCCUAUAGUGAGGAUUUCCUAUCUCGGACGCGUGUUUUUGAGUGACAUAAAUUAUUUUCUGAAGGUCGAGAAUGCACCGGAAUCCAAUUCAGUCGUAAUCCAAAUUCAAAACCGUUUUCUUCGAUAUCAACGGCAUNAGUACUCGAACACGCGUCUUACUCACCCGACUUGGCACCCUGCGACUUUUACUUGUUUCCGAAGAUAAAGUCUGCCUUAAAAGGAAUCCGGUUUGAGUCGAUGGAAGAGGUGAAACAAAAAUCGGUGGAAUUCCUGAAUGGUCUUACGAAAACAGACUUCCAGCACUGCCUUGAGCAAUGGAAGAAACGAAUGAAACGGUGUGUGAAGAGGGGAGGAGAGUAUAUUGAAGGGGAACAUGUGGUUGUAGAAUAAUUUUUAAAAUAAAACCAUUUUUCAUAAGCAGUUUCGUUAUUUAAUAGCCACACCUCGUAUUGUUGACAAAGGAACAUUAUUAACUGAACUCCGCUCAGAAUCGUCUUUUCAUCGACCGUGCAGGCUUCUAUUUAUCUAACUAUUAUAUAACGAUUCGUUUUUUUUUUUUAGUUGUAUAAUUAUAAAUGUAUAACAUUAAAAUAAAAAUAGCUGUUAUCAAAGUAGUUUUUUAAAUUAGGCAUUUUUUUUCUUUAAUUUAUUAUUUCUAAUCUCCAUGUAUAUUAUUUAUUAUUAUAAAAUUGUUAUUUACACCGAAUCGUAAUUAGUAUACGAAUUUUAUUAGAAACUAUGGCUUUUGUAAUCAAGAGUUUAAUUAAGUUCAACUAUUAAUUUUUUUUUUAUCGUGGAUGGUAGAAAAUUAACAUACUUUUAUUAAAUUGCUUAUGAGCUUAUAUAGACAUUUUUUUAAAUGAUUCUCUUAUUUUAAUCAGGUAAAUAUAUUUGAUGAAUAUUUAGUUAUUGUUAUUUAUUUCAACACUCUUUUAUUAUUAUUAUUUUUUUUAUAAUAUCAUAUAUUAUAUCUAAAUCUUUUCAACAAAAAUAAGUAAAACAAACCCACCAUUAGCUAUAACAUAAGAAUAAUGUUACCAAUGCAUUUAUCAGAGUCUAAAUAAUAUACUCGAAGUACCUUAAUAAAAACAUAGAUAAUUUGUAUAACUACUGGAUUUUCUGGCUUUUAAGUAUAAGUUAUUCAGUAUACCAUAUUAUCAUUUUUAGAUUCCGAGCGUAGUGAGAAAGCUAUGUUUAUUUUUUUUUCUUUUAGUCUGUGGACACGUUUCUUCCAAGUAAACUUGCUCCAAUGUAUAAGUGUAACACUUUUUUAGAAAGUUCAAGUUGUCUUGAUUUUUAUUUUUUGAUUUUCAACGCCUUUUUAAAAAUAAAAUCACUUAGGUGGGAAAGAAUAUAGGAAAAUGUACAAUUUCACAAUUUCAUUUCAACGUGGACCACCUUUUCUACUAGAAAAAAUGAUUUAAUCGAAAAAUCACAAGAUACACUUUUUGUUUUUUUUUUUUGAUUUAAUUUCUUAAAACUUUUGAGUUUUUAAGGAAUAUUUUAAUUUUUAGACGUGGUUUUUUUUUUUGCUGUAAUUCGGUUAUAAAUACAUGUAGAGACUUAAAACUUGGUAGUAAUACUUAUAUUAGAAUUAUCUAGACGUGGUAAAAUUUCCAAAAUCAUUUAACGAUUUUUUUUUGUUAAUAAGCGUUUUGAAAUCAAAUUUAAAUGAAAAUCACAAAAAUUAUGUAUUACCGAACUGUGCUUAUAAUCAUCUUUCGUCAAGCAAUGGUUUAUCGUUGCUUACAGUUAUAAAUUAAAUAACCUUAUUUAUCUUACCUUCCCAACUUUUCACCUACAACAGUGGCUACUCCCAUCCUCAGUAUCAGCUCUUUUUAUUAUUGAAUUUAUGAACUAAUUACCGUUUUUUUUCAAUCUUUGAAGAUAUGCAAUAGGGUAUUAGGUCACAUAGGUUAUUUAUAUUCCACAUUAUUUACGAUUGGACCAAACGAAAUUCUAGUUAAAUUAAAGUUUUCAUAAAUUAUUUACCAAUUUUGGGAUUAAUAUUAUAAUAUUAUAAUAUGUUGGCUCAAAAAAUAGUUAAUGCAGAUAAUACCAAAACAAGAAAAAAAAAGAGCUAAUACUGGGACGGGUGUGGCUACUGUUGCAGGUGAGUAGCUGAGAAAGUAGAAUAUACAAAUAUAUUUAAAUUUAUUUAAAUUAUACCUAUAACCAAUGAUAAAUCAUUGCUAACGAAACACGAUUCAGAGCGUAGUUCGAUUGUAUAUGCUUUUGAGAGGCUGUUAUAUUUACAAUAUUCGAUAAAAUUUGAUUUAAAACACUUAUAAAAAAAAAAAAAAAAAAAACUAUAUACUACUGUUAAGUCUAACAAUUUUAUCAACCGAGUACCUAUCAAAUAAAAAUUAUGUAAAAAAUUCACAAAGUUUAAAUUUCUAUAAAUAGUUCAAAUAAAACUCAAAUGUUUUGAAAAUUUUACCACGCAUAGAAAAAGCAAAUAUAAGAUUUGUGUCAUUAAUUUCGUAAAUUUUCCCGUUGUCACUACAGUUAUACUCAAUUAUUAAAAAAAAAAAGACUUUCUUACUCAUCAACUAGAUUAAAAAUUUAACAAAAAAAGUGUCUUAUAGUUUUUUCUUUUGGAGCAAUAUUUAUGAGUUUUGAGGGACUAACCUCUUCAAAUUCUUUUAUUUACAUCAACGUUAUUAUAUUUUGUUUGUUUAGGUUUCGUCAUUCAAUUUUCAUUUCUCGCCGCGUUUUUCUGGCUUAACGUCAUGUGUGCAGAUAUCGCAUGGACAUUCAGGUCAGUAUAAAUGAUAUACCGAAAAAAACUGUAAUCCUAAUAUAUUAAUCAUUGAAUUAUUAUAUAAUUGCACAUUUCAGUGGAUUUCGGUUACUUUUAUACUCCAAUAAAAUCGAGAACGAGAAGAAGAAAUAUAUAAUUUACUCGGCGUACGCUUGGGGUUGUAGUAUCGGGAUCAGUUUACUCACUGCUCUCGCCGAAUUUACCAAGUUAUUCGGCGACCGGAAGUACAAACCGACAUUCGGCCAGAAAGAUUGUUGGUUUUCUAGUGAGUAAUUAUUUUUCGUAAUGUAACUAAAACAAAUUAUAGUAGAAUUGCGGUGUGAUUUUUGUUUGUUUGUUUCAUUUACAAAUGCGAAUACAAUAAAUUAUGUAUGUGUAUAUUUUGAAACAAUAUAUCAUGAUAUUUCGUGGGUGGUCAUGAAAAAGGCAUUAAGUUACUGUUCAUAAAUUAUGAAAAAUUAGUUUUUACACCAAAAAAAAAAAAGACAAAAAUCAACGUUUUUCGUGUAACAUAAUAUAUUAAGUCAAUUUUUCCAAUAUUGAACGUGUUAUUUCAAUGUGCGUUUUAGAUAAGUUAUUAUUAUGUGUUUUACGUUAUGUGGUAUGCUGCCAUGAUUAUAAUGCAUCUUUCAAAUGCGCAGAGUAAACAAUUUUGAAACAUUGACUUAACACCUUUCUCACAGGCCUCCCUUAUUUUAAUCGAUUCCUUUUUUUUCUGCUAGAUAAAUUAUCAGUCGGCGUAUUUUUUUAUCUACCCAUUGGGUUACUUCUGUUGACCAACUUUAUACUGUUCCUGUUCACCGCCUUUAGAAUAGUUUUCAUCCGGAGAGACACGUCCAAAGUAUUGAAUCGCCAGACCAAUCAAAAUAACAUGAGGUAAGUUUAAACAUUUUUAACACAUUAUUUAAUUUAAUUCUUAUUAAAGUAUAGGUUAUAUACUUACCACGGUCGGUCGGAAUUUUUUUAUAGAUCAAUAAAUAUUUAUUUAUUUGUAUAGUUUUUAUAUCUUGCAGGUACUGGUAUAUGUGUAUAUCGAAUACGGAUUUAAGGCGCAUCUAGUUAAAUAUAUUAUUUAAGAAUAUCAUACUUAAAAUUAUGAUAACAGUCGUAUUAAAAUAAAUGGGAGCGGCCUGUUUCGCCCAAAAUUAACCUUCCUCGUUUCGCCCAGAUAUCUGUUUUGACCAAAGCCAAUUUAGUUGUUUUAAAAUUAAGUCGGCUAUGAUUUUUAAAUAAUCUAAUUUGUAUAAUAUAUCAUGUAUAUAUUAUUAACCAAAAAAGAAACCGCCAAAGUAUCCUAUCGCUUUACUCAAGUUUUAAUGGUUGAAUGUCCAACUGACGAAAAAUUACUUAAAUAUUGUGAUUAUUUAGUGGACAACUAUAUUUCUGAGGAUAGUGUUCUUAGUCCAACAUUAUGAGCAUGCAAUUCAGCAAGCAUACAGCUCAUAACAAAUGCGUGUGAAUCGAAAAACAGUCGUCCGAAUAACGAUAAAUAUCGAAUAGGUUAGAUACUUAACUAUGCGUACUUUUUUGUUAUGGAAUUCGUUAAAAUGUAUAUUAUAAUGGGUUCUUCGGCUAUUAAAUUGUACCGACCCUCAGUGCAUCGAUAAAUGUGUUUUCACGGUUGCAUCGGCGCCACUAUAUUGUCCGUCUAUGAUGAAUUUUAUAAAAUACAUAUAAACCAACAAGUGUAAAAAAAAAAAAAAAAUACCUAUAUUUGUGAUAAUAUUACUGUAGUAAGAUUUAUUGUUCGGUAUUUUAAGACAGAUAAGUCUCAUAUACAGACAGUUAAUAAAUAUAAUAAUAUGGAUUGAUAUUUACACAUGUUUUGAACAGGAAAUCCACGUGGGUACCUAUUUAAUUUAAACUACAAGUUUUUAUGUAUUGGGUUUACUAUGAUGUGGCGAUAUGUGCGAUUAUUAUUAUUAUUUUUAUUUUUUAUGAUUAGAUGGUCUUAAUUGAAAUUGGCAAAGUCCACAUGUCACGCUUGAUUACUUCUAUAUAUACUGCCUAUCCUGGACGAAAAAUCCGGGGACAAAAGGUCUAAGGAAAAAAAAUUAGACAACAAGUCCGAGCUCAUUUUUUCUAUUGAUGGACAAAAAGUCCGAGCACAUUUUUACAUUCUAUAAUAAUAAUAAUAUUAAUAAUUUAAAACAAUUAAAUUUUAAAAAAUAGUCAAUAAUGUGCUGAUAAUGGGCAUCGCGAGCGGCCACUGUUGUAGGUGAGAAGUUGAGAAGGUAGAUACACAAGGUUAUUUCAUUUAUAUCUGUAGGCAAGAAUAAACCAUUGUUUGACGAAAGACGAUUCUGAGCGCAGUUCGGUAAUACAUAAUUUAAAGUGCCGUAUUUUUUGUUGCGAUUUUCGUAUAAAUUUGAUUUCAAAACGCCUUUAAAAAAAAAAAGUUAUUCAAUGAUUUUGGAAAUUUCAGAUACUAUAAAUUAUAAGUUAACAGUCCAAUGUUAAAUUUUAAAUGUUACAAUACAAUAUUAUUAAUUUUAGCAACGUAUUAAGUUUUAAAUUGUUAUAACUAUUAUUACUAAUUAAAAAUUAAAAAUAUUUAAAAUGAGUCUUAAUUGUUUUCUAUAAAUAAAAGUAAAACAAUUUAAAGAUUUUACUUUUAAAACUAACUGUUUAAAUUUACGCCCAUUCCCACCAAACACCUUUCAAAAUUGAAUUUUUUGUUACUUUCGUAUAUUCUCUCAUCCACCCAAAAAUAAAUCCUAGUUGCACCAAUGAUAACUGAUAACAAAUAAAUGCAAUUUUACAGUCGUGUAAUAAAUUCAAAUAAUAUGAUAAUAUACCUAUUAUUAUUACUAGACGUUUUCAUAUACUCUUUAUAUAACAGAUAACAAACUAGAUUUCAACAUUUAGCGGGAUGCGCAUUGAAUAAUCGGUACUGCCCCACCUAUAUCGAGACGUCUGUUCACACUAUGUAUUAGUAUAUUCAUUUAUUUUAAGUACCUAAUGGAUUUUUUUUAACGUGAGGAAAUCGUCGUUUAGAAUAUCUCGAUAUUUCGUUGUCAUCUACGUAUUAAAAGUAAAGAUAAUCACCAAAUGAAAAUAUUAUCAAAAACAUUAAAACAACAACAAUUAUUUUAAAUGUUACGACAUACUAGUGACAUAACACGUGAGAUAUUGCUUUUCUCGUGUAUAAUGUCUAUAUACCUAUAAACAUUUUUGAAGUUGACAUACAAGAAACACAAAGAUCAAAUAUUAACAAUUAACAGUGGCGUACAUUCUGUUUAAGUAUCUAUUAAAAUGCGAUAAGUUUUAGAAGACGAAAUAGUUUUUAUGACGUCAAUCGCGAACAUUAUGGAAUUUAAUACUGAUGGGUACUAAUAAUCAAAAAGUAAACUCGUGAGAGAGCAACACAUUUAUCGGGUCAUUAUCGAAUAAUACCUAUAGGUACUUAGGUAAGUACAAGUCCGAAACAACGAUUAUACUAAUAAGAACACGAAUGCAUAUUAUUUGAAUGCCCUACAAACUAUAAAAAAAAAUCUCUCUAAGUUCUACAGUCCAAAAAAUAAUCCAAACAUGUCUUUCUAUCGCAAUAAUGCCUUUGAAAAAAACGUAAAAAUACAAACUAAAGUCCCACUAUAGGUACUACAUAAUAUCUAUCUAAAUAUGUACAUAUAUAAGCGUAAAAUAAGAAUCUUUGUUGCCAAAUUGACUCAAUCGAUAGUUGAGUUUUUUCUUUUUUUUCUAAAUGAAAGAGCACACUGCAAGGAAGGUUUUAAGCAUAAUUUUAAGUCUCUAAGUUAACAAACAAACGAGCUAUUAAUUUUAUAAAUAAUCGUCAAAUAUGCUAGAACUGUGCCGCUAUUUAAAUAUUUUAAAAGUACAGCACAUUGGCAUUUACGGUAUAUUUCUGCUUAUAAAACAUGACCAUGAUAUUUUUGCAUAGUUUUAUUAAAUUUUAGAAUCUGAGCGAUACGAGGAAUGCAUAGUUUUUACAGUAUUUAAAUAUUUUAGAUUCUGAGUGCAGCGAAUUUACAGUUUUACAGUUAUAAUUAUUUUUAUUUAUUUUUUUUAUCUGUAAGCAACGAUAAACCAUUGCCAUCGAAAAAACUAUUCUGAUAGUGAUGCUUUGUCAACAAUAUAUGUAUGUCAUAUUUUGGUAAAAUAAUUAAAUGGGCAUUAUAUAUUAUUUUUAAUUAUAUUUGUUUAAUAUUGUAUCUAUUUUCCCGUUUUCCUGCGUUUUUCCAGGUUUUCCAAUAUUUUUUCCCGGAUUAUCACAUUUGCUAAAAAAACUCUUGAAAAUUCGAAAAAUGACCUCCCUAAAAUACCGUCUUAGUCAGAUUUACUUCCAGUAAAAGCGCUAUCAUUGUAAAUCUGAGCGAAAUCGCUAGUAGAAAAGUUGUACACAGAAAAAAAUGGCCAUAAUAUUUAUUUACUAAUUCCUAUAUUUUGUACAUUUUCCGUUUUUCUGACAUUUUAUCUCGGUUUUUUCCAGUUAAUAUUAAAACCAGUUGAAAAAUCACAAAAAUAACCUCCCUAAAGCUACACUUGAUACAUGGAGUAUGAUUUCUGGUAGAAAAGUUUGUACAACAAAUCAAUGGGUAUUUUUCAAAUAAAAUCGCCCGAGCGAGCGAUAGUUAGUUCUUCAGGUACACUUAAAACGUUUUUUCCCUAUUUAGGUAAAAGGGGAAAAAAAGUGUAAAAAAUGUCUCUUCCAACAACGAGUUACUCAAACAAUUUUCAUCAAAAUGUAGUAUCAAAAUUUCUUUACAAAAACAAAUAUAACAUUAAACACAAUUUUUUUUUUUACCACAAGUAAGUCUUACAAUUUUACCACAGAGCACCUACUGAAUAAAAAGUAUAUACAAAAUUCGCAAAAUUAAAAUGUCUAUAAAUAGCUCAAAAAUGGCAUUUUUUUUUUAAAUUGUACCACCUCUAGAAAAGCACAAAUAAGUUUUCUGUCAAAAUCUCAGAUUUCUACGAAUAUUUUUGAACGAAUUACAACAAAUAACAAAAUUUAUAAAAUUAUAAAAGCAUUCAUUUCGUACAUUUUCCGUUUUUCUUAUGUUUUAAGCUGGUUUUUCUAUAUAUUAAGUUAACCGCUUGAAAAAUCAAAAAAUGACCUACAAAAAGUACCAUCUGGACAACAUUCCCUUUCAGAAAUGGUGCCUUUAUCGUUUAUAGCAAAUACCUUUGGCACUAAGAUGAAAAUGACAGAGGCAUAGUUAUCUCGAAAUAACUUUUAUGAGUACACUAAACUCAUACUUUAAUAUAAUUUAAUUAUAAUUAAAAUAACUAAUUAAAUAAUUUCUUUAUUAUUUUAAUUAAAAUACAUUUUACGAGUGAAAGACGGACGAAGACAAUUUUAGUGGUACUAGUAAUCGAACUUUUUAAAUAUUCACACCAUCUAAAACCAACAAAAAUAUAUUUCUAGUGUAACGUAUACAAUUGUUUCAAUGUAUCCAAAUGUAUAAAUAAUUGAAUGAAUGAAUUUUAUUAAUUUAUCAUUCCAAUCUAUAUUAUAGAGUACAGAGAGACUUACAAAUAAUAUUCACAAGUAUUUGAAGUAGUAUACCUUAUUUAUAUUUUAAAUUGUAGAUUUGAAGACGAUCGGACAACACAAACGGAAGGCAAAAAAAAAAAAAACCAGGUUUUCAAAAAAAAAACGUUGUCACUACAAAUCGCUGGCGCGGCACUGUGAAGCCCUUUAUUGUCCUCGUUGUACGUUAAAUAUUUAAUAAUUUAUGAUUUUUCAAAAGGAAUCCGACGUUUUUAUAACCAUGAAAGGUUGGAGGGAAAAGAUGCCGCCUUCGACAACGUAUAUAUUAUAUAUAUUAUGCUUCCCGCUGAGCUGGUGACCCGUCCAAUUACUAUCGAAAACGUGUCCCUAUGCGGCGUAAUAUAUUACUGUGUAUCCACCCUCUUCUAUUAAUUUCGUGGAAUUCACAAAUUCUUCGGGGGGGGUUCCUUAUCGUUUAAUAUCUUUUGAAAUUAAACAUAAUAUGUGCGCAUCAUGUGUGUUAGCGUCGUUCGAGUCAAGGCAGUAAUAAUAUAGUAGGUGCCCGCUAAACAGUCGUUGGGCAUCGAGACUUUAUAACAAAGUUAUCUGAGGGCCAACGAACACAAAGAAUCUAUUCAGUUAGUUCUAAAUUAAAUGUAGAAUUAACUUUAUUGAAAUGAUAACACAACAUAUUUUUCAGUUUCUCACUAUUUUUUCUUUUCAUAUACAUUUUGUUAUGCGUUAUCUAUUACUUCAUUAAAAAUGUUAGUUAAACAUUUGUACAACACGAAAAAUGUACUUUAGUAGAUAGGCAUGAGCAAUUAUGAUAAAACAAUUUUUGUUUGCAAUUGUGAUAGUGACCGAAUUAUCAUUAAAAAUAGGAAUUCUAUAUUAUAGAGCUACAGCAACGGUAAAUAUAUUAUUCAGGAAAGUUUAUGCAACAAUGCUUAACUUUAUGGACUUAUUUUAUCGAAUUACCUUUUAUCCAAUUUGUUUAAAAGUAGGUAACUUAAAUGAUUAGUUAUAUAAUACAUUGUAUUGUUCAAAUUUGCUUAUUAGGUCAAUUUGACCUUUAACACUUGACAGUGUCACGUAUUUAUAACUUAAUAUUAAACAAAUAUGUUUUUGUGUCUAUACACAGGUUAUCGCUGUACUUAAAGUUGUUCUGUCUGAUGGGCGUCACAUUCGUGUUCGAAGUGAUCUCGUGGGCUGUGACAGCGCCCCCUUACUAUUGGUACGUGACGGAUGCGGUAAACUCACUCCGCGGCGUGUUUGUGUUCUUCAUAUUCUGCUGGAAACGAUCUGUGCUCAAUUUGUUGCUAGCCCGGACGCCUAAAUCGACGCGUGACCGGUUCGUCCAGGCGUUCGGUAUUCGUGUGACACACCGAUACCCGAGCUUCUCGUCAGGGGGCCAGCUCAAUACUCAUUUUAGCGGUAGUGGAACCACUGCAAGUAUGAGAACACUCGGGUCGAUGGUGUCUACGCAUAACGUCUUAGGUGGCAGUGGCAGCGGUGGCGGCAGCAGCACCACUUCAUUUCAGCUUUCGCAAUUCGGUAGUAACACAUCGAUGGUCGCAUUAAGAAAAUUGUCAUCACCACGUUGGUGA